AGCCUCGGCCGCGACCACAGAGGAGAAGGAGAAAAGGGGAGGCGAGGGAGGAGGACAAGAAAGAGGAGGGAGCGGGGGAGGGAAAGGAGGGUGUUUAUGAGGCGCCCUCGGAGGCCGGCUCUUCAUUCAUGCGGCGGCGGCGUCGGAGCCGAGGAGAGGCGCGCACGGAGCGAGAGAGAGGCGACUGAGGGAAAGGGAGGAGGAGCCGCCGCCGCCGCCGCAGCUCCACAGCCAGCAGCAGCAGGAGCAGCCUCAGUGCGCCGCCGCCUGCCUCAGCCCUCCCGCUCCUCCUCAGCCGGGCUGCCCUCCUCCUCCUCCUCCCGCGAACGGCGGCGGGGGCGCGGCGGGGCCGGACCAUGCGGUGGCAGCGGAGCCCUCGGAGGCCCUGGAGGCUCCCUCGGCGCUCGCUGCUGGCCGCCCUCUUCUUCUUCUCGCUCUCCUCUUCCUUCCUCUACUUCGUCUAUGUGGCGCCCGGCAUCGGUGAGGAGAAGGGCGAGGGAGAAUCCGUGAGGGAAACGAGGGUGGUGGUGGUGGGGAGCGCGCGCGGGCGCGUUCUCGAGGGCCGCCCUCCCGGCCAGUCGCCUCAGGACCUGAAAGUGACCGUGUGUGGAGGGGGGGGCGGAUAAAAUGGGGUGGCGGCUGCUUCAUAUAUGUGGGGGGGGGAGCCCCAAGGUGGAGAGCCUCCCCUGCCUCCUUCCUGUGAGGAGAAGCAUUGUGGGGGGAGUCGCCUCUUCAUCCCCCCCCUCGCCUGAGCGGGUGGGUGUUUUUUUUUUUUGAGGAAAGGCGAGGAGGGUUCUCCCCCCUCCCACAACCACUUCCCUCCUAACGGUCGGGAAAGGGGAGGGGGCGAGCCGGAUGUUUAGGGGUGCUGCUGCUGCUGCCGGGUGGGAGGUGAUGUGGAGCGAACAGCCCCCCCCCCCCGCAUGCUGCUCAGGCCCGGCUGACAAGCUGCGUGGUCUCGACUGCCGCAGCCUUGGGGCGGGAUCUCAGGCAUCCCCCCCCGCCCCCACAGCCAUAUCUCGCCCCCUCCCCUCCAAAGGUGUGUGCCUUGAGAUUUGUGUGUAAAACAGCACAUUUGCGUAGCCUACAGCCCCACCCCACAAUAUUAUAUGAAAAUACAGAAACUUCGAGAGGAUACCCCCCCCCACACACACACACACUGACCCCCCCCCCCCGCCGCCUGGCUUGGGCCUGGCUAGUUUCCCCCGUCUCCAGUACACCUCGCCGUCCGCUUUUCCCGCCCUCGCCUCUCGCCUUCCCCGGUUCCGUUCUAAGAAUCCGAGGCAUUCAUUCCCUCUCCUUUGCUCCCGCAUAGGAAAAAGGGGGGGGGGGGUUGAGGUAUACUUUGCGUUGUUGUAGCGUGUCUCUGGUGUGGAUCUAUAUUGCAGCAUGUCCACAGUGUUAUUCCUCUUUAUAAAACAUAAAGUCCGUGCGUUUUGGUAGGCAAGACACUCUUGCAAGUUUUUGUUUUGUUUUGUUUUGUUUUUUUUAGGCUUUUCGUUAAUUUGUGGGUUCGGUAUAUCCCUGUGUGUGCUUUAAGAAUAGUCUUUUGACACCAGUUCCUCCCUCCUGGCAAUGAAUUAUCUCUUCCUUCAUCUGUGUUCUCUCUCCCUCUCCGCCCCCCCCCCUUUGUAUCCUGACCUUGACUAAUUCACCAUUUUAUCCUCUCCCCUUCUACAUACAAACAGAAGGAAGAUGUUAGGUAUAUUUUCAUGGGAGGUUGUGAAGAGUGAUUGAGUGUAGAUUUCCUCUUCCUUUCCUCCUGUAUUCUGGGCAUUGGUGCCUCUUUUAAAUAGGCAUAAUGGAGGGAAUUGGUCUGGUUGGCUAGGAUCUCCGCCUGAGUAAUUCCCAAAUGGAUAUGUUAAAAAGCAUAGGUAAAACUUGCAGGUUGGGCCUUCCAGGUAGAGAUUUGGCAGCAGGUUCAAAUGCUUGGUGGUGAUAGUAAAAAGCAUUGAAUGAAUAAUUAGUGAUGUUGGUUGCCUCGCUCCUAAAUACCAUAAGGUACUGCUGUUUAUGUAGUUAAGCUCAUAUUCUGCUGGUUGUUAAAUACCUAUUAUUAAACAUCUAUUAUAAGGGACAUUUUUCUGUUCACUUAAGCAAAAAUUACUGCAGUUCAUCUAAUUUCUAUCUCCUUGCAGAUUUUACUUUCUGUGCUGUCAUGUUUGUGGUCUUUUUAUGUCUGGUGAGAGUGAAACAAAGUUUUAUUAUACUUUCGAUCACCUGCCACAUUGCUACAGUUACUGUCUAAUGGAGUUUGGGAUCAGAUCAUUCCUCUUGAGAAUAACAGUAUUUAUUUAGGUCUUGGCUGUGUUUGAAUUUACAUACAAUUAGGAAAUUUGAGGGAUACUUUGGAUGGUUUUGCAGUAAGAAUGUAUUCAUUUAAUGCUAAAUAGCAAUUUCUUUUAUAUCACAGAAAUGGUUCGCUGAGUAUGUGAAUGUUCCUGUAUACAAGCUUUAGGACAGAAUUUUGGUAUUAUUUCAGUUAGAUUCCAUGAUCUGACCCGUUUAAAUUGGUGUUUCCCAAAGUGGUUGAUGGUACUGUGCAGGGGAUGAAUAAAGAUUUAGGGGCUGAAAAAGGCUCUUUGGGUGGGAAAAAAAUUCACAACAUAGUUUGAAAAAAAUAGUUAGGAACUAUGAGCUUCAGAAGUAAAGGGCAUGGGAAUAUAUACAGAGUGCCCUUCCCUUGCCAGUGAGGAGUCUCAGCAUUUAAUAAGGUGGUUCCAGAUUAUAAUAAUAUUCCUUAUAGUGUACAUUUUAUGCUUCCUAAUAGUGGUGAUUGAUUAAAAGGUGUUUGCUUACUGAUAUUUCUUGACCUGAUUUCAUUUAUAUUAAGAUUUUUGGUUGGGGUCAAUGACAAUUUUAUAUGCUCAUAAAUGGGUCAGUGAACUCAGAAGUUUGGGAAAUACAGAUGUAAAUAAACAGUUACCUCAAGGCAGUAACAGCCUAGAAAUCCAUAUGUUAGUAUCCUGAUAUGACAUAUCUGGACACAUGGAGAAGAAAUGGCUUCUACCUCAUGAUCAAAUUCUUUAAAAACAUUUCUUUAUUACUGUAGUGCUUUCCAAGGAAUUUGCAGGUUUAUGUUCCCCUUAUAAUGUUCGGUGCAAACUUUAGUAAUAUUUAAUUUCUAAUGUGAUUGAAUACUGAUUUCGGUACCUUCCCUGCAGUAUGAAGCCUGUCAUUUGUAACAUGUAAUAUUCAUUUAUUGUACAAUGAGGCACCUGACCCUUAAAACAAUGUAAUAAACCUAGCUUUUUGAACCUAAAGGCUUCAGUAUUGUGGUGCAAUCCUAACCCUCAGAUUUGCUAGCUGGGAGAUGUUAGGAUGUGGCACUUCUCUCCCCCUUUCUCUCUUGCCCCUAUUCAGCAACAUAAAUAACUUGUCCUGGCAUAUCUACUUACCAUGAGGAGAAACCCUCUGGCAAAAGUUAUGCUGGUGUAAAGAGUGGGAAAUGGGCAUGUUACAGGUGAGGAGAGGGAUAAACAAGGUUACAUGUCGUCCUAAAUUCAUUCUCUGGUCCCAAGCGCUUCACCAAAAAUGCCAACAUGAAUUAAACACCCAAUUGAAGGCAUUGGAAAGGCAAAAAAUGGUGAACACUGCCUCCCACACUCCUACAACCCCAACCCCUGGCCAGCAGCAGUUAGGAUAUAGCUUCACCUAUAGAGGAGAUGGCAGGCAUAUCUGCUAGUUUAAUGUCACACAGAGUAGCUAGCUUAAAUGUCAAUUGAUACUGAAUGCAUUAGUCAUUGGUUACUUUAAGUAAACUAGUGAUACUGCAGUUGCAGAAACCUAAGAAUGAAUUUAUUGCUUGUUAAGAGUAGUUUGAAAACAAUCUGAAUCACUGUGCCUUGCACUCAGUAAAGUGUUAGAGCCACUGAAACUUGAUGGCAAGCAGUUCAAUUUAGCAAGGUUGUGAUUUUUCUUCCCAGUUUGCAUAGGCCAUGUAAGUUAUCAGUUUGCGUAACUAUCAGGAAAUUGUUUUUUAUUAAUGUGCACUGAAAAUAAUUAGUUUUUAAAAAAAAUAAAAAACACCUUUUUUACAGCAAUCUAAUAAUAAACACUUCAUAAUAGUCAUACUUGGCAAAGGAAAUAACCAAACAGUCUAAUAUCUGCUAUAAAACCAACACUUUUAACAACAACACACCUGCCUAACUAUAUCUAUUUUAAAAAAUAUAUUGGCACUUUAAAAAUGUCCCUGGUGUAGAUCUCAGAUGGCAAGACAUUCUGUAAGCAUAGUACCAACACUGUAAAGUCUUUAUUAUAUGGUAAAGGCAAUCUUAUCCCAGAGAGGCAACACCAGGAAGACUUCAUUGCCUCACAUAUUGUGCUAAAUGAACAUUAAGUCCUGUAUGCAUUAUUCUUUCAGUACAUAUUUGCAUUUGGGAGUAAACAUUGAAUACACUGGCACUUUUGGGAAAGCAUACAUAGGACUGGGCUAUUAAUCUUGUUCUUAUAGCUUUAAAAAUGUAAUGUGAGAUGUGUUCAACAGUCCACACUAUUGAAUUCACCAACUUGCCACUGUUCAGUGCAUUAGUGAGAUCAUCUACCAUUCUCAUGAGUGUGAAGAAGAAUGGGGUAAUCUUGUUUACCUCAGACAUAGUCUCAGGGGGUCUGGGAAGGCAAUAUGUCCCCCAAUCAACUUGGAUUGUAGGUGGAUAUCCUACCCCAUAGCUGCACAGGUCCUUGGAAGCUCUCCACUGAAGACAUCAACAUUUUCUAGGGAGAGGGUUGGGGCAGUGCUGAAUUCUAAUUUGGGUUGACUAUCAAUGGUGUCCAAAUUAUAGACUUAUCUGUUACAUAUAUGGAAGAGCAAUUCCUUUCAUAGUAACUACAUUUUCCUACAGUAUCAUAAGAUAGUUCAACUCUCUGUCCCAUGGUUUUAUUUUAGAUGUGUUGUCCUUAGAGACGCUCCUAUUCAUUAAAAGUUUUGACUUGCUUUUCUUAAUAUAAUUCUCAAUAUUGAUGCUGCUGCUGGCAGUGAGCUUUGGCUUCCUCAGGCUAUGUACUUUGAGGCAAAGUCAGUUCUAGUAGGGGAAAUAUAUCACAGGGAUAUUUCCACGGUCACAAACAAAAUGUGAUGCAUGGAGUCUGUAAGCUUGUUUUUAAAAUACCACAAAAUGUUGUUCUUACUGCAGUAGAGUAAUAUGGUUACUCUCUGGAAUUAGUGCUGCAGUAGACAUUUCAGAGUCCUGAAAUGGAUAAGCAAAAUAAUUCAUGAUGGCAAAAUAACUUAAGUUUAAUAGCUAACUCACAUCAUGUGUUUUCCAAAGUUUACAUCUAGAAUUGGAGCUUGAAGGGAGCUGGAGGGGAUUCUCCCCCAUUAAAAAGAAUAUGAUGUGUUUAAAGCAGGACUAUACAAUGUAUGAAUUGCAAGCCAAAUGCUGCCCAUGAACCAUAUAUUGUGGCUUGCAUGUCUUCAUUUUCUGCAAAGCAGGUUUGUAUUUAUAGGUUUAAUGGUGUACUGUGCUUAGCAACUUGGUAGAGCACAAAUUCUUCUUUUAAUGAGAAUGUCUUGCGACUGAGAUCCUUAAGAGCAGGCAGCGCAAGACAGUAUUGGGCAAGGAGUAGACGGCAUUGAGCUAGAUAGACCAAUUGUUUAAGGUCGUUUCCUAUGUUCAGGGUAGCUUAAAAUGUUAUUGAAAAAUGCCAACCCAAGCCUUGAGAGCUGCGGGGGAAGCCCUUCUCAUAGUCCAGUUAAUUAGUGUAGCACACUGGCAGUAAUUUGGAACAGCGAGUUCUCUGUACAGUGGUACCUCAGGUUAAGAACUUAAUUCGUCCUGGAGGUCCGUUCUUAACCUGAAACUGUUCUUAACCUGAGGUACCACUUUAGCUAAUGGGGCCUCCCACUGCUGCCGCAGCGCCAUUUCUGUUCUCAUCCUGAAGCAAAGUUCUUAACCUGAGGUACUAUUUCUGGGUUAGCGGAGUCUGUAACCUGAAGUGUUUGUAACCUGAAGCAUCUGUAACCCGAGGUACCACUGUAGUAGUACCCUGGUUGUGGAAUUCCUGCCCAAAAGAAAUGCAUUUUCCCCUACAUUGACAGGUUUCUGGUGCCAAAUGUUGCUCUCUCCUUCAAACUUUUGGGAGUUAAAUAUAUUUUUAGAGUGCAGCCAUUGGCAUGUUGUCAUUGCUGCACUGAAUUUGUUUAUGAUAGUAAAUUGCUUUCAUAUGAUCUUUUGUUAGUAAUUUUUGUAUGACAGAUGCAUCUUUAAGGAACUAUUUUAUCACCCAUCCAAAUGGAUGAAAAGUAGGUUAAAUUGCAACCAAUAACUACUUUCUUCACAUGUACCCACUUAACAAUGAAUUUUCUUUUUUUUAUAUACAUUUUUUAGAUGUCUUAAAUAUGUUUUUAAAAUUGUUUUAUUGCUUAUUUGCUGCCCUGGGCUCCUUUGAGUAAGUAAGUGGGUGCCCUUCUUUGUGUGUUCCUGCCAGGUUAGGUACAGGUGGUUAUGAGUAAAAAGACCUUUUCAAUUUUGGCACCCCAGAACAGAAUGGCCUCCAUAGGGAGCUCACAGUGCCUACUUUCAAUGUACUUGUGCCCUAGGUGGUCAAAUUAUUUCCCCAUGCCUUCUAAAGGCAAUAGAUUAAAAAAAAUAAAUUAUUUUCUACCCUGCACUUCAUGUUUGUUUUUUAAAAGCUCCAUCAUGUUUUUAUUGCCCAGUGCAUGUUUUUACUUUAGUCUCAUUCUGCAAGCUCUAACAACUUUGUGAAAUAUUGAAAAUAAAUAAAAAGCACCAGACUCUUCCCCCCCCCCCCGCUGCCCACUUGUGAUCAUUUAGUGGAUCAGGGAAGAGGGUCUUGUCUUCAAGCUGGGGAUUGGCCUAAUUAGCUGGGUUUUCUCUUGGACCCUAAUCCUUUCUUACAAAUUAUUUCAAGCUUGCAAUCCUCCUUGAACUGUGUUAAUGUGAACUGAAUACAGUUCAUGCAAUUGCUGACUGGGAAUGUGUAAUGCAAACUAUUUUCCUAGCUUGAUACCUAGAUUUCAGAAAGAGAGAGAACUCACUUGUAGUUAGGAAACCUUUGGCUGGCUUUGAGAAAUAUCAUAGUCUUAGUAGGCUACAAAGCACAUUGUUAUAAACAUUAGCUCCUAACAGGUAUACUUCUCAGGGUCUCACUAGACAAACAGUUGUCAGUUGUUUACACUAAUUUUCUACCAAAGUUUGGACUAGUUAAAAUUUAUCUUAAGAGAACAAACUUGUUCCAUUGCUCCCUUGUCUUUCUCUCAGUCUAAAGCCAAGCCUGGUUUCUGUACUCAGGUGGUAUUGGCAGUACAUAAGGGCUACAGCUAUUUCAUAUACACUCAUACCUCCUGUUAUGUUUGCUUCAUGUUACAUUUUUUCAGGUUGCGUCCCGUGGCGACCCGGAAGUACCUGAAAGGGUUACUUCCGGGUUUCGCCACUUGCGCAUGCGCAGUAGCUGCUAAGCUGCAGGUUUUUUUACAUGCUGGUCAUUGUUUGACAGUAUUCUGGUUAUCAGAAAAUCUUACUAAGUGAAUUAGAAAAAGUUUUUCACGUGGACCACAUCUUCCUUUUCUUAUCGCAUGUAUUUAGAUUCCCGGUGGAAUACCUGGCAUGGCACUUUGAGGAUAAAGUCAUUCAGCUUUGUAGUUCCUUAGGCUUAGAUAACAGUGUUGUGGCAACUCCAGUUGAAGUUUCCAAUGCAUCUCCUCCCCAGUGGGAUAAAUUUCAGUUCAUGCAGCCUUGUGAUACUGAUAGCACUCCCAAAAUGAUGUAACCAGAUUCUUGCUCUCUUGACCCUUGCCUCAGUUGGGUUGGGUUGACUUAAUGGGUCUAGGGUGUGCUGCAUGCAUGUUUACAUGAUAGAGUUGUCCCUCCUGCACCCACUCAGAAGCACACCUUGAAUCCUGUAGGCUACAACAGCUCCUGCAUUCUACAUACAGGCAGCAGGGUGGCUGCCUGUGUCUGUUUCAGGAAAUGGUGAACAUCUACCAGGCCAGCCAGUAUGCAUGGUGACCAUUUUGCAUGAACAUGGGAAAUGCCAGAUGGACUGGUUUACACAUUUCACUUUUGUAAGCAAGUGCAGCUAAUUUUUCACCACUUGAGCCAUAUAACACUGCUGCUGUUUUCAUUUCCUGACUUACAGGGACAUAUGCAAAAUUGUCUUUCACUAGUUGACUCCCGGUGCUGUUUCCCAGCAGGGUUCUAUCCCACAAUUUGAAAAGAGUCAGCUCUUCAAAAGCUUGGGCUGCAGUUUAUCAUAAGAAAAAAACCUGGGGCUCAUUCUUAUCUCUAUGAAGAAUAAUGUGUUUUAAAAAAUGGAAAUACAUAUGUAUGCAGCUACAGAAUGCAUGAAAAUGUAUCUGUAAUCAUGACCUGAUGUCAUAUUCAUGCAAAUUGUAUCUUUGUACAUUAUGCAAACUGGCUGCAGACUUUUGUAUAUUUUACUCGGGUAGUGAGUGAUAGGCAGAUCUAUAAAUAUAAGAUCUUUCUGAGCUGUGUUUCUGAUCUUGCAGUGUUUUUGGACUAGCUUCUUGCCUGUGAGGAGGGGAUCCUUCCUGGAUCGGAUCAAGAAAUAUGGAUAGUUAGGCCUUCCUUAUUUUAAGACAAACCUAUUAUUAUUAAUAGCAUUUAUUCAUCACUUAUACAUAAAAUGUCUUAUAGCAACUUGUAAUUCAAAACCCAUAUAUUAUACAAAAAUUUAAAAUUAUAAAAAUUUAAAAGGAGAUAAGACUAAAAGUGCUUAUCCUGCAAUAACAUAAAAAGGAUGAUGAACACCAGUAUAGGCUUGGGUAUCAUUAUACUGUAUAACCCCAAUUAAGAGCCAAAUGUAUGGAAGAACAGGGACAUCCUUGCCUGGCACCUCGAAGUUGAUGAUGAGGGUGCCAAGCAAAUCUCUCUGGGGAAAAUAUUCCACAACUGGGGAGGCACCACUGAAAAGCCUGUCCUUAGGUUGCCACUUUCAACACCCAUCUGAGGGGGCACACAAAGAAGAGCCUAAAUUGACAAUUUCAGGGUCUAGGUAGGUUCAUGUAGGGCAGGCAUGUCCUAAGUCUGUCUUGGGGGCCUAAUCCGGCCUGCUAGCUGGCCCCCAUAGCAGGAUAUGUCUUGGGGUAAAAUCCUAAAAAAAGCUUAGCAACUGCAAUCCUAAAAAAAGCUCAUCAACUUUGGUUGGCCCUUUCACAUGUUCACUUCAUCAAAUCUGGCCCUCUUUGAAAAAAGUUUGGGCACCCCUGACAUUGUAGGGAGAGGAGAUCCCUAUGGUAUUGUGAUCCAGAGCUGUAUAAAUGAGUAAAAAUCAGCACUUUGAAUUGAGGCAGAAAACUACAGUCGUACCUUGGUUUUCGAACAGAAUGCGUUCUGGAAGUCCGUUCGACUUCUGAAACAUUCGGAAACCAAGACGCAGCUUCCAAAUGACUGCAGGAGCAUUCUGCAGCCGAGCAGAAGCCGCGCCGGAUGUUCGGCUUCAGAGUCAAAGUUCACAAACCUAUUUCCGGGUUUGCAACAUUCGAGUUCCAAGUUGUUCGUGAACUAAGCUGUUCAAAAACCAAGGUACGACUGUAAUCAGAAGCUGAUGCUUUCAGGCCAAGAUUGGUCUUAUAAAAUUAGCCCUCCUGUUCCCAGUCAGCAGUCCGGCUGCUGAAGGCUGUACUAGCUAUCAUUUCCAUCUUCAAAGGCAGCUUGCCAUAUAAUGCAAUGUAGUAUUGGAAAACAAUUGGAAAUUGAAGUCCUUGCUGAUCUCCAGCAAAACGUUUAGAUCUACAAGUAGAUCCCAAUUUUCUUUCUGCCUGUGCCUCAUUAUGCUACCAAAUUUAACAAAUAGUUUUAUACUUAAUAUCUUCAAUACAGUGGAUCCACAUUGCAGUGGUUAAAAAUGCAGUUUACUAUAAGGCCUUUAAUUUACCAUGUCAAUUUUCCUUAAAAUCCCAAGUGUAGAGCAUUCAAGUUUGAAUGAAGGUGAUCAAUCCUCUAAUAUACACCCCUUCCACAUGGUGGAAGUGACCUUGUAUACUGUUACUGACUGGACUUUGUAUUCUUGGCUGCUGAAUAGUGCAUGAUCUGCAAAUCGUAGGGUCAGUCUUUAAAUGGAAUAUUGCUUGGCUCCAUAACUCCUCAGCUUUAAUGGGUUUAUUGCUCAAAGCAAUGGGGCAGUGAUAACAUGUCAUUCUGUUUAGAGCUUUGCUUCCAGAUUAGUCUCUGUACGAAAGGAGUGGCUCUGGUGGUAUUCAUAAGGUUGAGGGAAUAGUUCGCCUUUUCUGCUACUAAGCAAAGUUUGAUAGAAGAUCACCAAACCAUGCAAUAUGUUUUCAUUACAGUAACACUUAAUAAACAACACGCCGUGUUUGCCUCCUCUUUGGGUGCAAACAAGUAUUGUAGUGAUCAGAAUAGUUUGUUGCUAGGAGUAGUGCUAGUGUCAGCAACACAGAAGUUGGAGAGGUCCUCUUUUAUGAAAGAGGUUUGUUUGCUUAUUCUAUAUAUGAGAGACUGGUAAACAUGCAUCUCUCUCUCUCUAAAAAAAGCCUUUUGCUGCUACUAGAAAAACCAUACUGAUACUAUACUGAUACCAGUAACAGCUUUGACAUUUUAACAGGUGGAGCUAUUUGCAUCAUUUAAAUACAGAGAGAGGCCAUAUCUAGUGGUUGCAUGUGCUCUUUCCUUUCUUCUGUUGCUCUGAAUUUGACUUAUAUCCUGAGACAUUUCUUCCCCUUCGGGUGGUGCAAUGGGUCAUUGUGUCUGGCUGUUAACCAGAAGAUUGGUGGUUUAAGUCCAACCAGGGAUAGCUGUGGGCAGGAUUUCUGCAUUGCAGAGGGUUGGACUAGAUGACCUUUCUGGUCCCUUCCAACUCUUCAAUUCUAUGAUUCUAUGAUUCCCCCUUCCAUGUUAUCUGAAUAGGCUGCCUGAUCUAUGAACUGGACUUCUGACUGUAUUCCUUGCAUAUUGGCUUCUAUGAGGCUAAUCAAGAUGUAACUGCUUGAACAUUUGGACAUUAAUCCUGACUGAAAACAAAUCAAGCAAGGAUCUCAGAGGGCAAUAAAGCCUUGCUUGCAUGUGAAUCUUUUUUAUACUGGAUAUGUUUAUCUCUUUUUUCAGUUUGACCCAUAGCAUCAUUGAAUUAUUGAGUUUGAAGGGAUCCUGAAGGUCAAGUCCACCCCCCUGCAAUGCAUUAAUUGCUGCACAGCGUUAAUAUUACAAUAUAUUACCUGCCCUUCACCCUAAGGUUCCAGAGCAAGUUACAACAAUUAAAACACAAUAUCAAAAACAGUUUAUAACAAUUUUACAUUUUUGGAAGUAAAAUGGGUCCUAAACGUAUGCAUCUCAGGUAUGAAAAGCUGUUAUAAAGAGGUGUGCCACACCUCUGUGGAGAGGGAGCCCCAUAACUUAGGAAGUGCCACAGAGAAUGCCCUUUCUAUAGUUAACAAAGCCCUUAAAAAUGAUAGUAUUGAAUGGAGAACUAUGUUUGGAAUCUCACAAAAAUCUAUGCAAUGGGGCAUUUUAAUAUGGUUUGUGUGUCUUUAUAUUAUAUGCAACUAGAGCAAUAAGUAACCAGUCACUGCUUUUUAUGCAUACAGAUCUUGAUGGGUGCAACUGUACAUUCAGUUUUCUGAACACCUGGUCCUUUAAGUCUUGCUUGGAUUCCUUGCAGUGGUAAUUUUUAAGUGCUCUCUGUCAGUUCAGUCUGUUCUGAUCAGAUUUAAAUGAGACAGUGGUGAAAACAUCUCUUGAAAAUGCAAGGCUUGUAAAUAUUCUUUGGAAAAUAUGAGAUUGAGCUAUCACGUCGAACCUUCAGUUUUGACACAACCUGAUAUAAUGGAUCAAUUUUAUACAUCCUUGGUGCUAUUUCAACCUGUCACUGCCAGUUUGCUUGUUAACAGUGAUUUUCUUCCUUGCUGCUGAAUGGUGGCCAUUUUGAUGAUAAUAUUGAAUGUGGUUCAUAUCUUCUUUCUUAUAGCCGAGUAAGAUUGUCUUCCAUGAAUGUGGUCAAACAUGUUGGAGCAGUGGUAGUAAAGGUGUUCAGAAAUUUGUAUUAAACAUGAAGAAAGUCUAGUCCCUCACACCCAAACAAUAUAUUACAUUAAGAAUAUAUUGCAUUCAUUAGGCCAGUUACAGUUAAUGUUUUAUGCUUUUCAUUCUUUGCAAAAUCACACAACUUGUGUGGGUCACCCUCCCCCCCGAACUGGAAGUUUGUAUGUUUGCUCUGCAGCGGGUGCCCAGGGGAUUUCAAACACUGUUUAUGGCAUUAAUAAUGUUUAAAGACCACCUUGGAUCCAUCAGUUAAAGCAAUAGACACAGAUUAUAUGAAUCCGACACUGUGAGACUGAGGUUGAAAUGGGAAAUGAGAGUCUGAAAUUCAUUUGUAAUUUGAGGUACCUUUCUCCUUGGGAGGUAAUUCAACAUGUAAAGCAGGAUGGUCCACCGUAUGGCCCAAGGACCACAUGCAACCUGCAGUGCCUUUUUUGGUGUGACUCAGCACCAUUUGAUGCCCCCUCAAUCCUUGCACCACCUUCCCAAAGCUGGGUAAGCAAGGCAUUGGGCUUUGGGAAGGAGGUGUGAGUGCUCUGAUAGGGUCCCAGAGUCCUCUGACUUCCUUCCCAAAGCCUAGUUACCAUUUCCCCCCAGCUUUGGGGAGGAGAUGGGAGGGUUCUAGGACCGUGCCAAAGCUUCAUGCCUCCUUUCCGAAGCCCGCUGACCCUGCUUUCAGAAAGUAGCAUGAGGAUGGGGAGGAGGCAUCAGAUGUUGGUCUUGUUCACUCCCUCUUGCCUCAUGUGACAAGGCAGUGGGCAGCCUGCAGGUUCUGUGUCAAAGUACUCUUGCAGUCGACUUGGUAUGAAAAGUUGGCCACCCUAAUAUAAAGAGCAUGCAUUAAAUUGAUUAUCAGCUUCAACAGAGAAUUGGAAAUCUAAUUUGAAGCCAAACUAAAUGUUACAUGGGAUAUAUGUGAUUUUAUUGCUAAACUGUGUUUUUGAAACAUCCGUGAAGUGCUCUGAAUUUGACCAGACAUUGGCAUCAGAGGAUGGUGUGCUUUUCCCUACCUCUGGCUAAGCUAACAUCAGUUUUGAGGGAAAGGGUUUAGACUAGGGGGAAAUGAUAUGGUGGGAAGUCUUAGAUGUCCCCUCUCCCAGUGAUGUGAUUAAAUUCUGACUUCCCCUCUGGUUCCCUUUAAAGUAAAAACAAAACAAUGUCUCCUGCAAACAUGUAGUUUAGUCUUCAAUAUAAUAAGGCAGUAUAUUAAAGAUAAACAAGUUGAUAAAAUUAUUUUUUGUAACCUGUGGAAAUACUAUAUUAAGAGAAAGGAAUGAGUUUCUCCAGCAGUCCAAACACUGCUGUUUGCUUGUUGCCUUUUUCAGAAAGAAGGAAUUUGGGUUUUUUAAUCGAUUUUUAUUUGGAAGUUGUUCAGUGGUUGUCAGGGGAUGCGUCAAGUUGGGUAAAGUGAUAAAGCAUGAUGUUGCUAAGCUAUAUGUGUUUCUUUGGCAUUCCCAAAAGUCUUUGACAAUCCUGAAAAGAAAAAAAAAAGCAACUUUUGAUAAUACUUCUAACCUGGUUAGCAAAGGUUUAUGUAGGCAAAACACUAGACUUCUCAGUCUAGAAUUAUUCUUCAAAUGGAACACAGUACUCAAGAGUAGUGCCUUCUACAUCAAUCUGAUUGUUUGUGUCCUGAAAGACUUUGUGCAAUAUGUCUUAGAACCGCAUUGAUCACCUAUAGCUGUAUCACAUUGAUGUUCAUAACCCAAAGAUGUCUGUUUCCUUUACAUCCUCUUCUGACAGAUCAGCUUCCUGUUGAUGGCAAAAAUGUUUUGUUAUCUCCCUGAGUUCAUUUUAAAAAUCUUUAAUCACAUUUUUUUUUCACCUUAUGAGUUCAUAAGGCCAUCCAGUUCAUUCUACACAGGCUUCCUGCUCCUUCUUUUCAUAUAGACAAUGCUGCCAGAGUUGAUGCCAUCAGCAUUUUCCUGCUUUCUUUCCCAAGGUCACUGAAUCCCGGAGUCCAUAUAGGAAGUCCACUUGCUAUUUAACUCUGAAAGCUUUCUUUUUAGCACAGCUUUUCAUAAUCUCUUAGUAUGUACGGUACAUCUUAAAUUUUUCUUGAACUUAAUUCAUUUUUGUCAUAGCAUUAAAUCACACAUAAGUUCCGGAUGUGAGUUUCUGGCCACUUAAUAUGCGGCUGUGGCAUAAAAGGCCAUCUCUUCCACAUGUUCCUCUGUUGUACAGCCAUAAGUAGCAAAAGGAAAUCAUGUCAAGGCAUUGGUAACUCUUACUUCAGCCAUUUUCUACAAUGGGAUCUGAAUACUGGUUUCCUGCUAGGUUUGUUUAGUUGCAUAUGAUGUUGUCUCCUUGUACACAAGAGACUUCAACUAAUCUCAGAGUUGCAUAAAGGGCUAAUUGCUUAUCCAAACAACACAGACAUCAUGUAUGCAAGUUUUGACGUUGUGGAAACCAAAGGUAAAAAGAUAGGGAAUAAGAAGGCAUGCAUGGUGUCUAUGUGAUGUAACACUUUCCAUUCUAUUAUAAAAAAUUUCCAUCAAUUCAUAAAAAUAGAGUUAUGAAACUUCAUUGAGCUCAUUUCAUGCUUGUAAAUGGUCACUUGCUUAAUUGGUUCUAGGCAACUAAGCAGGGAAGCUUUACUAAAGCAGUUAUUCUUUACUUUAGGCCACAAGUUAUCAAGAUAGGUAUGUGGGCAGGUGGACUACUGAAAACCUUCAUAAGCUGGAAAAUUUAGGAUUUUAUCCAACUAAGUUCUACUUAGAGUUGACUCAUUUAAAUUAAGAGGACUAAAUCAGCAUUAGUUUCAGUGGGUUUACCUUGGGGAUUAUUAAUAUUGAAUAGAAACCGAAGUCUUUAUUUGCAAUACUGUGUUAAUUGGGUUUGUGUCAGGAAAGUGACAUUCUGCCUUGUUUUGUGCCACAACACUCUGUUUGGGAAGCAAAUUUUAAGUUCUUCAAAUAUGAUUAGUGCCACUAUUUUUUUUAAAUGGUGGUUCUGAAUCUCAGAUAAAAUGGUGCAUCAGAUAAAUCAUCAUUUUCAAUUAUUAUUGCUCCCUCCUGGAACUGGUGUUGCUUUUGAGAAAAAGCUAUACUAUACAUCUCUCUCUAGAUUUAUCUUCCCAUCAGAGGUGUCUCUGGAGAAAUGUACUCAAUAUCCUUUUUUUACUGGCACAGUCCCAGGAGCAAUUAAAGGCUUCCCUAUACAGCAGACUCCCAACAGGAGAGAGCUCUGGAGUGUUUAGAUACUGUAGUUAUAGCAGAGAGCAAAAUAACAUAUCCUCUUGUAAGUAGAGGAAACCCAGGCUUGACUGUUGUGUUUUGAGUUGUCCAUAUAAAAAAAUCCUUCCUGCCUUUCACUCAUGAAAUGAAGCUUCAGUAUCCUGCCGAGCAGGGAAUAAGAUAUGGAGUAUACCUUGAAUAGAAUCCCAUGAGACUUGAUGUUUUGUUUAAGACAGCCAUGUUUAACAGCUUGCCUGGUAGCCAUAGGCAACCAGGAAUUCCAUGCAUACAAGUAUGUGGAAUUCAUUGCAGGCGACUAAGCAGGUGGAGGAGGGUCAAAUCUCUCUAUCCCUCCUCUUGUCAGUUCACGUAAUUGCUGUGCUAGCUAUGCUAGCUUAGCUGCAGAGGAAUGAAAUCCCAUUUCUCUAUGGCCAUCAUAUUAACCAAGCAGGUUUGCAGUGGAUUGGCAGAGGAGGUAUCUGCUUGAGAUAAGGCUUUUUUACUAGCCUUCUUGAGAGGCAAGUAGCCUGUGUUUACAUGCUGGCUGUGGAGGAGUGAGAUUCCUUUAUACUUCAGCCAACAUUGAAAUACAGCCUGUUAGGCUACUAAACAUGUUUUGCAUGUUUUUAAUUUUGUGGGUUUAUUUAAAGUCUAGUUUAAAAGCUUACAGCCCACAUAGUGAACAGGCUGAUGGUUUGUUAAAAAUAUGUUAGUUGCUGGCCACAUGACUUGGAAAGCUGUCUGUGGACGAACGUCAGCUCCCUUGGCCUGAAGCGAGAUGAGCACCGCACCCCAUAGUCACAUUUGACUGGACUUAAUCAACCAGCUGUUAUUUACCUUACCCUUACCUUUUGCUAGUUGAAAGUAUGAAUGGGGGCUGCAAUAGUCAGUGGGCUAGCUCUUGGCAAAACUCUCGUCCACUUUCCAUGGCCUCUUAUUCCUUAUCUACCUGUCAUUUCCAUAUGGAAACAUAACUUUCCAACUUGGUAUAGGCAAGCUUUAUUCACCCCACCCACUCAAAAGGUAGACAGCAAAAUGUACAAUAUGAAUUCACCAGGGUUGCCUUAGCCAGGAUGCCUAGCUGCACCCCAGAUCCUCCUGUUUGAGUUAUUGUCACUCUGUGCUUUAGAAAAGUAAAAAACAGUGCAAGCAAAACCUAUCCCAAAGGGAGAGCACUUGGAGAGAGGUUAGUAGGGGUAUCAUCGUGCUGAACAUUGGCAUACUGGGCAGAAACAAUAUGAGGUUCCCAAAAGUCCAGCACAAUGCAAGAUACUAACAACUUAAUUUUUUUAUUAUAGAACAUUUAUAGUCUGCCUUUUUACAUACUUAAAACAAAAUAAUAAUAUAGCAUGAAAAAAAUUACUGCCUUUUUUGGCGAUCACUUGUAGCCGAGAAAGAUUAUGUUCCAUGAACAUGGUAUAACAUAGUAUAUACAUGAACAUGUAGUAUAACUGAACAUCUGUAGAUAGAAGUCAGCUAAAGUAUUAGGUCUAACUUUUAAAAAAUCUAACCACGCAAAUUGAUAACAUAUCUGUUUUUUUAAUUUCUUAACUAGAUGGCAGAAAAAGGGAAGGGAAAAGGAAAGCGAUGUCAGAGUUUGGGACAUGGUCAGAGAAUGCUCUGUGGAUUCAGGGAAGGGUAGUGGUGACCACAAAUAAUGGCUGAUAACUGAGCCAAAACCAAAAUGUGUAGAGUCUUCAGCAGCAUCUUGAAAAUAUGUGUAAUUUAGCUUUGGAGGGCUUCCAGUUGCACCUUUCAGUAUACACUAGACAGCUAUUUUUAGAUUCCAGAAUUCUUGGCACCAUGUAUAGAGGGGAAGAUUUGGCCAGUUGUCACUGACAUCAGAAGGGACCAAAACUGGAAGAAUUUUCUUAACUGAUGUACAGCCUCUCAAUGAAAAGUUCAGUGGAAAAAGCUAGGGCUGAAUUCAUGAGGAUUUACUUAGUUGAUUUAUUUUCUCUCUCUAAACAAGUUGUAGACAAGCGGAGUCACUUAACGUGUGUGUUAUGAAAACUUGAUGUCAAAUGUAAGAGGUCCUAAAACUGUUUAAAUGCCUUUUGCCAAGGUUUCAUGCUUGUAAGGAGCACAAUUGUAGACUUUGGGCCACAUCGCCAUUUGCAAAGCUGCUGAUGGGUCUAGAAAUGCAUCAUAAAUACAUUCCAAAGGUGGUGUUUGCAGUGUUAAAUUGCCCUGUAUCAUAGUACACCUGUCCUUGGCUCCUUGUUGCACAUGCAGUGGCUUGCACGCUGUUGAUUGUUCAUUCCUCGUUGAAGCUGAUUACCAGCACUGAGUCUUCCUUUGAAACGGUAUAUAAAAUGUAGUCUAAGUACAUGUCAAUAGCUAAUCACUAAGAUCUUUAGGGCAAGGAAGUCAUAGCACUACAACAAGAGAGGAAAGAUCACUAGUUCAAGUUUCACCGUCACCAUAAAUUAAUUAUGGCCUUAGGCAAGCCACUUACUGUUAGAGUUUCAGACCCCUUCUCCUAAUAUGUAACUUGGUUAUACUCUCAAUAGUUUGCAGGGUCUAAUAAUAGAUUACUUGAAGUAUGUCUGUAAACCCAAUUCCAGGAACCAUGGAGAUUUCAUGAUGUAAAAACAAUCAAUACUAAGUUAGGCUACAAUGAAACCACCUUUAGAUCAUUUCCCUGACAGGAACAAGUUAGAAGUGUAGUUUUCGAUCUGGGAAGCUGUCUACACACCUACUCCCCCAUCAGGGCAUAAACAUGCAAGUACUAAAUACCAACUCUAAGCAGACUUCAGUGUGCGUUAACACAUUCCUUUAGCCAGAAAUGUAAUAAUGGCUUGUCAAGUAAGACUGGGAGGGUAGUGAGAAAUCCAGAGCUGAAGGCAAUUCUUUAGAUAGAGUAGUAUAUUGGGAAACACAAUUUCAGUGUCCCAGCUACAUUUGAGUUUAAGCAUAAACAGCAUAAACAAGAAGUCCCUGACCAGCAAUAUAUUGAAUGUGGGAAACAAUGCGUUUUCACUGUUACUCAGAUAAAGAAGCUCUGUUGGAUGCUUUAGGAAUUGGGUUUCAUGUCCCACAGCCAUAGUAAAGAUGGUGUGCACUGAGAGAAGUGAAAAGACCCUCUGAAGCACAUGGAGAAGGGAGAAGCCCCAUUUAAGGGUUCUGAGUGCUCUUUUCCCCUGAAGUUUUUCCACUAGCUCCCCCACACCUUUGGCCAAUUAUUGAGAUAGAAAUGUGAAGUACAGCCAGAAUCCAAAUGGGAAAUGUAAACAGAAUGGUGUGAGAUGCUUAACUAGGCAAAGGCCUUGCUGCCUCUCUGUCCACAGUCCUGUGUUUCUCAGUGUUUUUCUGACUCAUGGCCUACUGCCAGAGUCCACAUUAAUAAUGUACGGCUUUUUUAUGUCGCUGCCUUCCCAGCAUCCCCUUCAGCUGCUGAGUCAGAGAAGAUUGUUACAGCAGCAGCCUCCAGAGCAGCAGAAAGCAAUGAAAUCCUCCUGCAGUGCUGUUGUGCUGUCAUCUGUUAUGCACAUCUGCUCUGCAGGAAAGUCUUUGCUAAAGAUGUCCUAGUUUGAAAAGCCAAACAAGAAUGGGAUUGUUUCACCAGUUUGUAACUGAAGAAUGUAUUGUACAUCUAGAGUGGAUGAUCUUAGUUUAAGAUUUCCAUCUAGUAUAUGCCUGAAGAGGGGAAUGAGUUUAUCUGCAGAUUGCUGCUUUCUUAAGAACUAUUUGAAGCAUAACUGUAUAUGCCAUCAACUACAUUCUUUUUCCUCUGUCUGGUUCAUUCAAGGUGAUAAGAGAUUAUAGAUACCACUUUGCUGUUGAAAAUGACUAAGUGAUUAAAAAUUUUAAGGAACCCAAAGAGUAGCUGAUAGUAUAUAUGGGUUAGAAUCAUAGAAUCAUAGAGUUGGAAUAGACCACAAGGGCCAUCGAGUCCAACCCCCUGCCAAGCAGGAAACACCAUCAGAGCACUCCUGACAUAUGGUUGUCAAGCCUCUGCUUAAAGACCUCCAAAGAAGGAGACUCCACCACACUCCUUGGCAGCAAAUUCCACUGUCGAACAGCUCUUACUGUCAGGAAGUUCUUCCUAAUGUUUAGGUGGAAUCUUCUUUCUUGUAGUUUGGAUCCAUUGCUGCGUGUCCGCUUCUCUGGAGCAGCAGAAAACAACCUUUCUCCCUCCUCUAUGUGACAUCCUUUUAUAUAUUUGAACAUGGCUAUCAUAUCACCCCUUAACCUCCUCUUCUCCAGGCUAAACAUGCCCAGCUCCCUUAGCCGUUCCUCAUAAGGGAUCGUUUCCAGGCCUUUGACCAUUUUGGUUGCCCUCCUCUGGACACGUUCCAGUUUGUCAGUGUCCUUCUUGAACUGUGGUGCCCAGAACUGGACACAGUACUCCAGGUGAGGUCUGACCAGAGCAGAAUACAGUGGCACUAUUACUUCCCUUGAUCUAGAUGCUAUACUCCUAUUGAUGCAGCCCAGAAUUCCAUUGGCUUUUUUAGCUGCCGCAUCACACCAAAAAAGGCCAAUGCAAUUCUGGGCUGCAGGGUUAAACUGUGUUAUGAAGGCUAGUUGUGUUAACUGUUGCAGCAAAAACAGCAGUGUCUUGUGACACUUUAAACUUAUUAUGGCCAGGGGUUAAACAAUGUGUGACUGGCCAGCUGCUUCAAAGAGUGUGUUUGCCAAUUGUUUUAAGACAAUCCCUGCACUCCCAUCUGAAUGCAGGAACUGUAUUAAAAUGCUUAGGAAAACACUCUUGAAGCAGCCUCUUCUCCUUUAAAUACCACUCAUGCACUGUUAAAGGGAGGGGUGGGUGCUUCUUUAAAGAGUGCUUUUGCAAAAGGAUUUCAGACAGCCCCUGCUUGAUGCUCUGGAGGCUCACAUAAGAGUGCUGAGGCCAUCUUUAAACUGCUUACAAACAGUGAAGGGGCUUUGAAGGCAUUGCAGGUUCUCAAGUGUCCGACUGCCAGCUGGCUGCCUGGUGUCUGAAAACUUUGCAUAAAGGAUUGUGAGGUGUGUGUUGCUCUGCCCACAUCUCAGAUUUGAUCCACAAGGCUGAUCCUGCCAAGGAUCUGGCUCAUGGAGCCAAGAGGUUCCCCACCUCCGUUUUAAAGUAUUCUUCAUUUUAUACCAUUUUUAAAAAAUCUGUUUUAUCUGCAAUAAUAUAAAACCAAUGCAUUAAUAUCCUGUCUAUUAUUUGUACUUCAGCCUUAUCUGAUGAGUUCUGGCAGAAACUGCACAUAUACCGUAUUUUUCGCUCUAUAGGACGCACUUUUCCCCUCCAAAAAUUAAGGGGAAAUGUGUGUGCGUCCUAUAGAGUGAAUGCAGGCUGCGCGGCUAAGCCCAAAGCCAGAACAGGGAGACGGAGCGCUGCGGAGCGCUCCGUCUCGCUGUUCUAGCUUGGGGAUGCCUGCACACAAAGCCUCUGCAGGGCAGUGGGGUGCCUUCACCCCGCUGCCCUGCAGAGGCUGGAAAGGCUGUUCCCAAGCCAGAACAGAGAGAUGGAGGGUGAGACGGAGAACUCCUGCUGCGCUCCGAAGGCUUUGGGUGAAUGCACCUCAAACGCACCUUGUUUUAGAGGGGGAGAACAAGAAAAAAAUUUUUUUUCCCUGUUCUCCCCCUCCUAUGGUCCGGUGCGUCCUAUAGAGCGAAAAAUACGGUAUAUCAAAUAGCAUAUCAAUGUAUUUCCUGUCAGUUUUACUAAACCAACAUGAUUGACUAAUUAUAUUUCUUUUAUUGUGCCAGUAGUUGUUGACUAGGUUUAAGUGUUAUAUGCUUGUGUGAAUUCCGUACUGGUAGUAAAGAUUACUUGGCUUACAAAACAGCUGUCAUGCAUGGUUAAAAGAAACAAACAUUUUUGGCACAAUGGCUACUCAAAGAGGGGAAAAACUUGUCUAUAUAGCAAAGGAAAAAACUUUAACUGAGGGCAGUGAGCAGUGACAAUAAGCUCUCUAAAUCAUAAGAAUGCAAGUUAUAGAGAUCUACUUAAGCCCCAUGAUAUGUUGUUGUCUUUGCUUGUCUCAUAUGUGAAUGUACAGUGGUAUCUCAGUUCUUGAACAUAAUUGGUUCCAGAAGACCAUUCGGCUUCCGAAAUGCUUGAAAACCAAGGUACCACUGUACCAGAAGAGAAUAGGUAGAUUCCUGCUCUUAUCAGCAUUGAUAAAAUUACUUUCUACUAGUUUUCAUCCUGGUGUUGCUGAAUGAAAAGUUCAUUCUUGAGUGAGUGAAUUGUCAACUACUGUAGAAGUGCUAAUAUACUCUGUUGAUUUGCAAGAGGAAGUUCCAUAUGACCAUCCUAUGCAAAAGACAAAGCUAUCUAGUUAGGAAAAGUGUCUUUACCCUCAUUCUGAGCCUUUUCUCACCAACACUUGCAAGGAUCUGCGUAUGUGCUUGCUAGUUUGUUCCUAGGAAGUACACUUUUUAUUUGGCAAGAGCACAGAAUCUAGGGUGGUUCCCACCCUUGUGUGCCUUGGAAAUCAUGAGGACUCUUCACAAUGCCCGGCUAAGUUCAGAAGCAUUGAAGUAUGGGAAGAGCUCUCCUGGAUGUUGCUUUAAGCCUCAGUGGCACUUGGAAAACUGAGAGACUUCUUGCUCCUUUCUCAAACCUAAAGCUUACUGGAUAGGUGACAAGUUCCCAUCCCUCUCCUAGCUAAGACUCACCCUGCUCAAUUUUGCUAGGUCUCAAGUUUAGAGUAAUGUCAGAAGAUCCUGUCCUCUCCUUCUGGCAAGAAUAAAUUUUGUAUGCUACCAAAGUGAAAUGAGAUUGUUAGCUCCUGCAAUAUGUCUGGGACAAUAUGACCAACAUAAAACUUAAGCAUUUUGCAAAGUUUAUUUAAUUUAUCUAAUAUAUUUAUAUGCCACCCUUUGGUAUAAACCUCCCAAGGCACUUUAGAAUAAAAUGUGUAUGUUCAAAAUAAAUUAAUUUGAUCAUGUUCCCUUACAUUGUGUUGUCUUCUUCUUUGGUGAUCACUCCUAGCUGAGUAAGAUUGUCUUCCAUGAACACGGUCUUAACAGUGAGUCUGUAAGUGACACUGGAGGCCAAUUAUGGAACCACACAUCUUCCACAGGGACAUACGUUUCUGGGCAGGAGUUGAUCAUGGUGAGAGUUUGUCAAACGUGCCUUCCUCUUAGUUCAUUUCUCCCUUUUGUUCUGAGUUUGAGCGUCUUCAAAGUCCAUGACACCUUUGGUAAAUGCUCUAAUUGGAGCGCUCACUGGCCAGUGUUUCCCAAUUGUUGUUUAUACUACAUUUUUAAAGAUUUGCCUUGAGAGAGUCUUUAAACCUCUUUCGUUAUCCACCAGCAUUAUGUUUUCCAUGUUGUAAGUUCGGAAUAGAGUAGUUGCUUUGGAAGACGAUAAUCAGGCAUCUGAAAAACAUGACCAGUCCAACGAACUUUAUGUUGAAGAAUCAUUGCUUGGACAUUUGUGAUCUUUUCUUCCUCCAGUACACUGACAUUAGUUCACCUAUCUUCCCAGGUGAUAUGUGCAUUUUUUCAGAGACACUGUUGAUGGAAUCUUUCGAGGAGUUGGAGAUGUUCCCUUGUUUCACAAGCAUACAGUAAGGCUGGUAGUACAAUAGCUUUGUAAUCAAGCAUUUUGGUUUCCCUGCAAAUAUCCUAGUCCUCAAACACACUGCACUUCAAUCGGGAGAAAGCUGCUCUCACCAAGUUCAGGUGAUGUUAUGUUGGCCCUUGUGGAAAGGUAACUGCCUCGGUAGGAGAAGUGAUUGACACUUUCCAAUGUUACACCAUUGAAUUGGAUUUGUGGCGCUGCAGAGGGGUUGUUUUGUGCUUGUUGGUACAGCACUUUGGUUUUUUGGAUGUUGAGCGAUAGGCCAAGCUUUUUGUAAGCUUCUGCGAAGAUAUUUAGGAUGGUUUGGAGGUCAUCCUCUGAGUGUGCACACACUACAUUGUCAUCAGCAUAUUGAAGCUCUAUGAUGGAAGUUACGGUAACCUUACGCUUUGCUUUCAGCCUACUCAAGUUAAAAGAGCUUUUCAUCUGUUUGAUAUAUGAUUUCUACCCCGGUGGGGAGUUUCCCUUUGACAAUGUGUAGGAUUAUGGCAAUGAAAAUAAUAAAUAGAGUUGGGGCGAUAACACAACCCUGUUUAACACCUGAUCCCCGCUGUGAAUGGUUCACUUUGAGAGCCAUUGUUAUCUGUAAUAGUUUGUCAUAUUAUCAUGGAGGAGCUGAAGGAUUGUGUUCCAAGUUGUUGGCAUAUAGUUUUGGGAACUCUGCCAAUACUAAGUCUGUGCUGUAUACCUUUUUCUUAAAUAUCUCUGCAAUCAUUGCUUGUUUUAGUAAGAACAUAGUAUCUUUUUGGUCUUGACUGUUGUAUUUUAUACAUCCAAUUUACAGCUUCAGGUCUCUAAAAGAAACCACGGUCAGAUGCUCUAAUCAAUAUUAGCUUACCCUGUUGCACUUAAGUUGAAUAUUUUAUCCUAUUUCAGCCAUUAUUAGAAUUCUUGUUUGUGAUAAUAGUUUGUCUGCUCAGCACUUUCUCUUUUGUGCCAAUAUACAGAUAGCUUUCUCAGCUGUGGUUUUAGACACAAAAUUAUCUGUGAUUUUUUUUUCUUCAUACCAGCAAAAUACGAGUUGGUGUAGUUAUACACCUAUAAGCGUAUAAGUCAAGGGACUUAGUUGCGAUCUAACAAGAUUUAGGUGGAUUAAGCUCUGAAUUUAAUCAAAGGAUAAGCUCGCAGCUUUACUUGAAAUGAAUCAACCUUCCUUACCAUUCAAAAAUAGCUUUCAGAUAGUUGCCAUGUGAUGGCACGACUAUGUUUUAAUAAAGGAGGUAGGAAGGAAGGAGAUGGCUUUGGGAUUUAAAAAUAAUCUCAGUGGGUCAGUUUUCAAAUAAAGGAACAAAGCACUGAGUGAAAACAGUGGUCUGCCUUGCUUAGUAGUGGCUACCUUUUCUGGCCAAUAUGUUGUAAGUAAAGUCUAACAUGCUAUUUGUGUGUAUAUGUGCUUCUGGAACAAGAGUGCACACUUAUUAUUGCCCUUGCUUAACUGAAACUGGUAUAAGUUUCAGUGGCUUCCUGUACAUAGGAUUGCUAUGUUAGUCAGGCAAAGGCUGCAGAUAGGUUCAUAGCCUUCAGGUAUUUGAACUUUAGUUGUGUGUCUUGGUGAAUGCUGUAUUCUAACCCUGUUCAAGGAUUGUGGAGUUGCUUUGUUUAAAUACACCUAGAGGUACUAGCAUUGUAAUUGGUUUGAAACCUGACACAGGCACACCUGGCCACUAAGGAGGUGGCUGUAUGUAAAUGGCAAUCCCUUGAGAAAACAAGAGAGUUGAAAGCAAUUAAAGCAGCCCCAAGCAAAUAAAAUGAAAUAAAGGCUCACUAACAGCUAGACAAAUUAAAGUGUGUACUUCAUGCAGAAAAAACUGAAUCUAGGUAGGGAAGGGAUUUAAAUAAUGCAGAGUAAAAUACUAAAUGCACCUUCCUAGACUGAACACAACAACAAUAAAUUUGUCACUAAUGUCUGAGCUCAUUUUCUUAUAUAAGCAGUACAGCAGGUUCUGGUCCAGUAAUAAAGCAAAUCUCAUUUUCCAAUGCGACUAGUGUUCAGAGGCAGAUGGAAAUAGCAGUUUUGAGAAUCUUAAUCCAGAUUAAGAUCCUGAGUUCAUUCUUCCAAGCCCUGAGUGAGGACUUGCAACCAUGAACAUACUAGAAUUUUUCUGGAGGCUAUGUGUACUACGUAUGAAGAUUUUGUUCUGUUUUGAUUUCAGUAAGGUUUUUUUUAAAAUAAAGGUAAAGCACUACUGCUAACAUGAAUUCUUCAGAUAGCUUGUACUAUAUAUAUAUAUUUGUUUCCUUGCACCUAUUUACUUAAAUAUUUUUAAUGACUUUGUGUUUAAAAACCUUACAAGAAAGCAGAUAAUUAUUAAAAAGACAAUCAUUAUGUGGAUGUCAUCUUCUUGACCAGAUGUGGGAUGAAUAUUCAGAACAGUAGAAUUGGGUGCUAUGUUUAGAUUUAUGUGAUACUUGUCUGAGCGCAGCAGUUAAUAGACUGUAACUUGUGGUUACAUUUCCUUUUUAAAUGUCAUUUAAGCUGUGAACUAUUUCUUGGGUAAUGUGCUUUUAGGAAGGGGCUCCUGGCAAGAGAAAUUUGGUUAUACAAAAGGAGUAAAAGUACCCCAAAACAAAUAAAUGAGUGAAUGAAUGAAUGAGUGAGUGAGUGACUAGGGAAGACCAAAUAAGUAUACAAUGUUUCUCUAGUAUUCAUGUUCCAGUGUUAAUAUGUUGGGAAUCUUCCAGUCAGCAACAUUAAGGGCCUCUACUUUAACAGCUAGCUCCCACAUAUUUGCAGACCAAAGAUUUAUUUAAAAUAAAGUUUUGUCUAUAGAAAUGAUAUCCAAGAUGUUGUAGUGCAUGUCUGAUCCUUGUCAAUGAACUUCCAAGGUUUUGGCCACAUGUGUUCCUUUUAAGAGAAAAGUGGGAUUUCCAAGACACUUGGAAAUUUCUAGAAUUUACAGGCACUCUGUGCUUGGUGAUUAUUAUGAGUGAAACAUUUUACUUUUGCUGUGUCCAUUCCUGCUACCCUCCUACCACUGACCACCGCCUGUUUUAUAAAUUCGUAUUUUGGAUAGGAUGAGAGAAAUGAAAAGGAUAAUGUGUGCAAUCCUUGGUAGCAGAUCUAGAAAUAGAAACUUUGUUGAGUCAUUUCAAGGAUUUUCAGGAAUAUAUAUGUAUGUUGCAAUUGCAUUCUGUUUACAGCAAAUCCUCUUUUGAUUCCUGAGACAUGUUUUUACCCCCACCCUGGAUACUAGUGAUAUUAACUCUCUGCUGGGUGAAAAUCUCCAGCCUCAAUUCUAGGUGCUUUAGGACACAAUUGUACCAGAAGCCAAACUUUUGUGCCCCCCUUGUCAUUGGUGCUCAAACUGAUUUUGUCCAUGAAGCAUCCUUAUUAUGAGUCCUUUCUGUUUGUAUUUAAUCAAAGGGAUCUUUUCCUCACGACAAAUGUAGAUUUUUAAAUUUUCACUUAAGUAUCUUAGGAAUCUUUCUGAAACACCACAUCUUUCCUUGGAUCAGCAUCAGGUGGUUUAAUCUUACUUGUAGUGUAAUGAGGCUCUUUUCCUGUGACUUUGGCAGAGAGGUAUGUGCCAAGUAUGUGCCCUUGUACCCAUGCAGUGUCAGGCGGUUCUCUCUCAGAGCUUGCACAACCUUACAAACAAGAUAAGGUCUUAUGCUUUAUAUUAACUCAGUGAACCUUCCCACUUGCUUUGCAGAGCUUUGGUGUGCUUGUCUCCAAGGCUGCUAAUGAGGAAAGUUUACUUUCAGGCAUGGAAUGGAAGCAGUCAGAAUGGUCAAAAGCUGGUUACCAGAUCUAAAGGUCCUUAAAAUGUCUGCAGUAUUCAGUGACUUACACUGUUACCUAUGGACAUAGUCAAAUGACUUGCCUUAUUGUUUGGCCCUUGACAUUUCUUGAAUUUUGUAUUAACCAUUUAUUCAAAGAAUUGCUAAAAUGCCAUCUGAAAUGGCGCUUUUAAGAUUCAAGGAAGCAAAAAUCAGGCAAUAUGUUAUUGAGUGAGAUUUCUAAUGGAGUGCUAAUUACUUCCACUUCAAGCUCUUAUGAAGAUGCCUAGAAGCUAAAGAACAAUAUUCUCUUCAGGUCCAUUACAUCAGUUUCUGCAGUCUGUAUUAACUGUACAGUCUGCUCCAUUAUAAGGGACAGGUCUACACAACCUUUAUAUAAGUUUUGUUACAUGUGUACUGUAACUUCUCAGUGGAGGAAUAUCCAAGCAUCUCAGCUGAAGUAAUAUGAUGCAGUGUGACAUGGCUAGUGAUGUUAAAUUCUCAAGAAUAAUAUUUUGGAGGAUAUUCUCGAUUAAUGAGAAUAUUAAAGAAUUUUCAUUUAAAAUAGAAUAUUCAUUUUAAUGCAUUGAGAAUGAUAUAACUUUAAUAAUAAUAUUAAUAUAUUUCAGUAUGUCAAUCUCUGGUAAAUGGCACCUUGUACCAUUGAAUGGCACUGCAAAAACCAGUUACUGGCACUAAAUAAAAAUACAAAAAGGUCAGCUGUUUAAAUCAAGGCCACCUUACAUGCUGUUACACAAAAUUGUAUAGGCCUAGGUACUUUAAGUGAAUAAAGCAUUAAAGCUACUCUCUCUCUCUCUCUCUCUCUCUCUCUCUCUCUCUUGCGUGUGUGUGUAUAUGUGUGUGUAUCUAUGUGUAUAUAUGUGUGUGUGUGUGUGUGUGUGUGUAUAAUCACACUGUAUGGCCAACGGUAUAGAAUUGCUAAGAAUAAGGUCACACCAAAAUAGAAAAAAGCCUAUUACAUAUAGUUGAAAUACAUAUGAAUUAAAAUGUUCAUAAAAUUAAAUGAAUAGCAUUUUUAAAACUAAAAACUAAAAAAAAGUUUUCUGUAGCUCACAUUUCAGAACUGCCAGUGGUGAAUGGCACAAUGCCCAGUAAUGUAACUGGAUCAAAAAAAUCAUUAUUCAUUACUUACACUAGCAAUAUCACAGCUUGACUUAUUAUUUACUAGAUUUUUUAAAUGUGCAUUGUAAAACUGGUUCUUACAUUAGAAUUUACAGUUUGUGGAGAAUAUUCUCCAGAAAAUUUUCUAGCAGAGAAUAUUCUCAUCUCACCUCACUAGGCAUGGCUAUCUCUGCUGAAUGGCAAAAUACAAACUGAAUUUCAAAUUACAGAAUUUGACUUCAGAUGAUAUCAUUUGGUCCAAUUCUAAAAACAGAAGAAAAUAUCUUGUCUAUCUAUUGGCUCCGUGCCAUUAAACCCAUUCUGUAGUUGCUCAGCCACACAGCAAGCAGAAUCAAGCCUGUUCAUGCACCAUGCAAAGUUAGAAAGUUCUGAGUACUUCAGAGUUCAUACAAUGUACAGGGAAGGAGCAUAGCUCAGUGAUACAGCACAUGCUUUUCAUGCACAGGCUCCCAGGUUCAGCCCCCAAUAUCUCCACACAGGGCUUGGAAAGACCACUGACUAAAACCCUGGAAAGCCACUGACAAACAGCAUUCUGGACAACAUUGAGCUUGAUGGGUCAUUGGUUUGAAUCUGUAAAUGGUAGCUUCCUAUGUUCCAAAAGAGAAUGAAACACUUACCUAUAACACUAUAAUUUCCACAUACAUUUUGCAGUGUAUUUUGCACUACAGUUUUUUUCAUAUAUGGUGUCUAAUCUGUGUAUAUAAAGAUGCUUUGAGACUCGCUCCCCACUGCCAGGCAUGUUAUGAAGUUAAUUUGGCAACAUCUAGAAAGUUGAAAUUUGUUGUGUGUAUCCAUCACAAGUUGGAAAAAUGUGACAUUGUUAUGGCUUCAGUCUGAAUUUCAUGUCAUAAGUGGACCUCAGAAUAAGUGUACUGAGAAAGCAAGCCAAUUUUAUUAAUUUGUUCCAAAUUCUUUCUACUGCAUUUGCAGCAUUCAGGGUGACUUACAAGAGUUGGAUUUCUAUAAGGAAGUUAAUUUACAAUCAGCAACCAUAAUAAACAGCAGUACAGUUGGACGUGGAAUGGUGUAGGAGUUUCCCCUUCUGCAAUUGAAGUUUCCUCUGUGAGGAAUGGGAUUUGUUGUGGCAUGGGGCAGAGCAGUCUUCACGGCCUAGGACCCUCGUACCUACGGGACCGCCUCUCCCGGUAUGCCCCACGGAGAGCCUCAAGGUCCAUAAAUAACAACACCCUAGUGGUCCCAGGCCCUAAGGAAGUUAGAUUGGCUUCAACCAGAGCCAGGGCCUUUUCAAGUCUGGCUCCGGCCUGGUGGAAUGCUCUGCCUCAUGAGACCAGGGCCUGCAGGAUCUGAUUUCUUUCCGCAGGGCCUGUAAGACAGAGUUGUUCCGCCUGGCCUUUGGCUUGGAGCCAAUUUGAUUCCCUCCCUCCCUCUCUUUCUUUUUUCUUUUCCUUCUCCUGCGAUGAGGCUACAUUUUAAUAUUUUAAUGUUCCAUUAUUUUAAUGUUGUAUUUUAUUUUUGUUUUUAAGUUGUAAUCAUUCAUCUUGUUUUUAUUAUUGCUUGUAAGCCGCUCUGAGCCCGGCCUUGGCUGGGGAGGGCGGGGUAUAAAUAAAAAAUUAUUAUUAUUAUUAUUAUUAUUAUUAUUAUUAUUAUUACCACCACCUCUAGUUGCUGGAGGCGGUUUGGAUGGGGGGUCCAUCUGCCCAGCCCCACUUACACAUCAAUGUGCCUUCCUAAAUGGCAGGCAGGAAGGAACUGCUACCAACAGCAUGCAUAGCUGUAAUAGGCAGUGGAAACCACCUAAAUAGGGUAUUUGUGGGGCAAAGUUAGCCCAGGAUCUACUGGAUCCUGCACUGACCCUGCUGCUGUCACAUGAUGACAGCAGGCCUGAUACAAGCCUCUUCCUUGCAUCAGUAAGAGCUGGUGGAGCAAAUGGUUAUUUCUCCCAACUUCUGCCCCAGUUGGCAUGAGUGCUGGGGCUGCUGAAAUAGCAGUGACUACACUGCCUAUCAAGCCUUGCAGUUGCCAGUCUGAGAGUCUGGUUGAUCCCAAAGUCUGAAAAUGGGACAAGUGACAUGCACGUAUGCAUCUGCUUUAUGCACAAUUAUACCAAAGGUCCAUCUAGCACAGUACUUUCUAUUUUGGGCAGUAUCUCAUUGUGGUUUUUGAUUUUGCCCUCCCUUCUGAGAUUCGUUUUAAACGGAGAAAGCAGAGAAUAAACCAGGGGCUUCAUAGGAAAACACAUUAUCUACCACAGAGCAACAAUGUCUUCUUCCUGUGGCAGACAGGACUACAGUGAUACAUUCUUGCAGCAUGCAGUAUUGUACAGUACAUAUUCAAGCAAGUGACUGACGUAACCACCAGUUUCUAAAUAUUUUGUGUGCAAAACUUAAUUGGAUUGUGCUUCUUAGUUGCUGAGAGUUUAUCAGAACUUGAGACAAGCUGCCAUCUGAUGACUGACUAGGAAAAAAUAUGGGUGCCAUCAGAACCAUUUCUAAAGACUGUGCACAAGUGUUUUAUGUUUUGCAUUUUUGUCAGCAACUAUUUGUGUAUGGAGUUGUAAAGAUUUUUGUUUGUCAGCAGCUGGCAAUCUAUUGCCACUCAGCAGGCUAAUCUUCUGCCUUUAGGUCUUCAGGGGCUCAGAUGUCAAAAUUUGCCACCACGCUAAAAUUGGAUUGGAUCUCAUAUUUACCCUUUUCAAAAAUCCACCAGGCUAGAUAAACCCAUUAAUCUGCAUAAUAAUAAUUUGUAAUCUGUAGAUAAUCUCAUUUAUCAACUAGAGUAUUUUCAAACUGUAUGACAUAUGUGGAAAUUAUUCUGCUGAGUGCUUUUUGGAGGUAGCUGUUGCAAACCAUUACAUUCUGAUGCAUAAAUGUGCAGUGGGCAAAACAACCCAGACCAGAAAAAAAUAUUUUGCACAUCCCAUUUGCUAUGAUAAUGUGGAUAUGCAGAUUAUUUUUGGAACUAAAUAUUUACAUAUUGGGUUUUGCUUCCCUUCCUUGUAUGCAUUUGCUGCACCCAUCAGCUUAAACAAAUAUGAGAGUUAUAUGUAAUUGUCUCUUGUCCUGACUCCUGAGAGGUACCAAGAUUUGUGUGCUUCUUCAGGUUUGGACCCUUGUCCUGAUAUUUAAGCUAUGAUUAUUUGAAAAAAAGAAGAAGUCUGUCAUAGAAAAGUUUUUGUUGAGCCUUUUAGGAGCAGAAGUCCAUACCCCUUAAUGUACAGGUGCCUUAAAAAACAAACAAACUUGUCUGAGCCUUUGAGAGAGUACAAAUAUUUUAUAGAUACCUAAAUGGAAUUGCUCUUUUUGGCUCUUGCUUAUACAUCAUUAGAUGGGACGUGGGUGGUGCUGUGGGUUAAACCACAGAGCCUAGGGCUUGCCCAUCAGAAGGUCGGUGGUUUGAAUCCCUGCGACGGGGUGAGCUCCCGUUGCUCGGUCUCAGCUCCUGCCAACCUAGCAGUUUGAAAGCACGUCAAAGUAGAUAAAUUACAUUCUCUGGCGGGAAUGUAAAUGGCAUUUCCGUGCACUGCUCUGGUUCGACAGAAGCAGCUUAGUCAUGCUGGCCACAUGACCCGGAAGUUGUAUGCCUGCUCCCUUGGCCCAUAAAGCGAGAUGAGCGCCGCAACCCCAAAGUCGCCCGCGACUGGACCUAAUGGUCAGGGGUCCCUUUACCUUUACCUAUACAUCAUUGCACCUGUACGGUACAUCCUUCCUGACAGACUCUCUUGGAUGUUAGGAGCAUCAGAGGAGGUCCUCUAGGUUGCUCUACUGCCCUCAGAAGUUGGGGGGUGGGGUUGAUGCAGUAGAGGGAAUUCUCUGUGGUAUCUCCUAAGCUGGAGAACUCUUAAGUGACUUCUUUCCCCCUCUCUGGUUUAGUGGUGAACAAUUUUAUUAUGAAAAUGAAAUAUAUCAUAUAAGUGCCUCUAGGAAAAUAACCUGCAAAUUUUCAGAAGGAUGUGGGUAGGGCUAGAGAGUUCAGGUCACCUUUAGGCCCUCUAAAGCAGACGAAUGUUUACCAUGGAUCUCAUCUCAUAGAAAGCUGCUUUAUAGAAGUAUCUGAUCAAAUUGAGCUGAACAUUAUGAAGUCCUGCUUUCUUUAACUCAACCAAUCUAAUGUGGCAGCUCUGAGUGAAAACCCUUUAUUUACUUAGAGCAUCUAUACUGUAAUUUUUAGCCAAGGUAAGGCUAUAAAUAACACAGCAUGGAAUCAUUUUGAUUAAUAUAAUUAAGUGGAAAUGCUAUUGUGAAAGAAGUACCGGUAGCUUGGUAAAGUUUAUUCCUUGAAAAAAUAAAAAUAACUCUAGUGUCUGUAUUCUGCUUAAGUGGAAUGCUGUACUUUCACCCCUGCUACGUAGCAUUUUAAUGGGACUGAGUUUGUUUCUAAAUACUUGAAUAUUUGUGCUUGGGCAUUCCUUGUUGCCAGGAUGCCACUACCACUCUUUGUGUACUUUAUACCAUAAUGCUAAUUGUUGAUUCAAUUUAUUUAUAGUUACCAUAUUCAUGUGUUAGAGGAGUCCUUCUUCCCCCUUGAUUUACAUGACUAUAAAAACUACCCUGCAAGGUCUAAAAGAUUUUAAUAAGAAAUGCAAUUUUACUAAAUUUCCACCAUGACUACCAGUGGCAUUGUAAAAAUGCAUUAAAAGCAUGACAGAUAUCUGUGAGUUGGCCAUUAAAAGCAAACUCAAAUAUUCUUGCAAAAGUCUGAUGAAGGAUAAUGUCUGAUUAAACAGAAUAUUCAAAUAUAGUUAUUAAGAAUAUUUUGUGAACAAGCCCUGAAUGCCUCCAGGAGCCCACCCAGUAAUUUAGAUUCAUUAUCUUCAACUUAAAGGAAGUUUUCAGGCAACACUGUUUGGAUAAUAGCUUGGCAUUACUACUGGUUGAAAUUUCUAGCAAUUUGUUAGGUGUUUUUGUAUGACAGCUGUUUUGGUGUAUUUAUCUGUACAUCAUCCACUGCCUAGCACAAUUAUAUGUAGAUUAGAAGCCCUCCCUCCCUGCUGCUGAAGAGAUACUGGGGUAGAGGGUGCAUGAGGAAUGUUUUGGAUCUGCGUUCUCAGAAAAGCAUGUUGCAAAAGAUUGUAGCAGAAUAUUUUAUCUGGGCUGUACCAUGUCAGACUGCUCUCACAUUAUUGAAUCUUCCCCCAAAGCCCACCCCCACUCCGUCCAUAUAAAAUUAACUUGUCUGGGAGAAGGCUAUGUUAGAACUCUUUCCUUUCACAUCUAGUUUUUUUGAACAUAUGGAUAUAUUUAUUUUUGUUCAUGGAAGAGCAUUCAUGUGAGUACCACCCCUUUCCCAUAUGACCUAGUAUGAAAGCCCAGCAUAGAAUUUUUUUUACCAACCACAAGCCUGCAACCUAUGUGGGUGUUAUGUGGGGAUUGCAUCUAAAGCCAAAAGUGUGUAUAGUCAAAACACUUUGGGUUCAAAUGGCAGGUGAGAUUGCCAAAGUAUUUUUUUCUUGGAUGGCCCCCUUUUAAUUUUUUUGCCAAGUACAUAAAGCUGAAUCGGCACAAGUUAAAUGUGUAUAAGUUGUGGGCUUACUGUAGUUUGGAAAACUGUAGGCCUCUUGCACAGGAUGGUUGACAAGAAUCUUCCUGAGAAAGUGACUCCCUGCUUUCCUCUGAUGAGCCAUGGCACAACCAAAUGAAUUUAUUAUCUAUGAGCUUCCUCAGAUCUAACUUGAUGCAGUCUUUUCUUGCUGACUAACGAUCUAGAGUCUAGCCCUUUGUGUGUUACUCUCUGAUGUAUGUGUUUAAGGCCAACAUUGUGUUUCUUUUUAUUUGCAGGCCAACUUUUUAGUACUGCAUCAAGUAAAAAUCAAGGGCAGUUGAUACAGUUGAUACAGUUUUCAUACAUUAGUAUCUGAAAUACAUGCUUCAUUUUGUGUGUGUUGCAUUAAAUAACCCCAGUGUCAGAAUAAGUAUUGAUCAGGGCUUUCACCCCACUGGACUUUUCCAACAUGCAAUAAUUAGAACAAUUUCUUCACACAUUCUCCUCUGUAGUGUAAACUUGCAAGGGGCCUUUGUUUUUAAAUAGGAGAGCCCUUCACUGAAUAAAAACUUGGUGUUUUUUGUCAACUUGCAUUGACAUUGCACAUUCUGCCUGGAUGGAAUUUAUUUUCCACUUCUGUCAAAAUAAAAGCAAUGGCCUGGAGUUAACAAACUCUGUGCUUGAACACAUCUGAAAAAAUUCCAGUACUACUUAUCUCCCUGCCUGCAUAGCCUGUGGCAAAAUGCGCAUCUAGUCUUCACAGUUCACUACAUAGCAUGAUUGCAAAGCAUACCUAAUGGCUGUCUUUGGUGCCCUGUGUAGCAUAUGUGUGCUACCUUAUUUCUCACUUCAUGGUCCUUCUUGGUAGUGGCACCCCCACCCUACAAAACUUCCUGCCCAGGGAGGCAUGUCUAGCUAGUUUUGCUCAUUUUCUAAAGGGUGAGAAGAGAUGGGCCUUCCUGCAGAGUACUGGCAUUGCAGGUUGGCCCUUGUGGUCUCUUCCUGCUUUCACUAAUUUUAUUAAAUUUCUUCACCUCAAAGCACACAAACCUGUUCCAGUGCAUGUGAGUUUAAGCAAAAACAAAACAAAAACCUGUAUAUAUCAUACAUCUAAAAUACACAGCAAUUGAGAAGCAAUAUACAUAAGACACAUUCUGUAGUGACCAUUGGCAAAGAAAUAAUUUUUAAAAGAUUUUAGAACUUGUCUUCUUUCUGUAAAAAGGCCGUGACUAAUUUAACCUUCGUUUUUCUUGCAGUGAACACCUACCUCUUCAUGAUGCAAGCCCAAGGCAUCAUGAUUCGUGAAAACAUGAGAACAAUAGGAGCUCAGGUUUAUGAACAGGUGGUCCGCAGUGCCUAUGCCAAGAGGAACAGCAGUGGGAAUGACUCAGGUAUGUUUAAUAAACCUUUCUCCUAAGGUAAAAAAGACCGUCUCAGGUAGGAGUGGGGAACUUCCCUUUGUCUGACCUUAUCCCAAGAAUCAUUGAACAGCUUUUAGACACAGUAGACUGAAAGCUGUCGCAUUGAGAUUUCCAGUGGAACCAGUGUAUGAUAGUGGCAUUUAUAAGGAUACUGAAGUACCUUGUUUUCUAUUUGAAUAUCUCGGAUAGUAAUCAUCUAUGUUCCUGACUUGAAUUUUAACCUCAUAAGCUUUACUCUGAUUCGAUUACGGGGCUGUUACUAAUAUAUAACACACUUUACUUAACUAACACUGUUUCUACUAUGACCUGAAUAAAAUGCCUAUUCCCUAUGUUUAAUGAACUCACAUAUGGUGCCAGUAGUUCAGCUGCGCAUUAUAGCUCUCUUCUCAGCUGGGCAUCUAUUUAAUACAUUGGAUCUGUCAGAGGUCUUUUUUCAAAUGUUACGCCUAGGGUACACAGAAUGUCCCAGGUUCAAUCCCCGGCAUCACCAGGCAGGGCUGGCAAAGAUUACCUACCUGAAACCCUGGAGAGCUGCUGCCAGUCAAUGUAGACAAUACUGAGCAAGAUGGACCAAUAGUCUGGCCUAGUAUAAGGCAGCUUCCUGUGUUUCUAUGAAAAAAACCCAGAAGUGAUUCUGCAGUUUAUGCCAUCUUCUGGAUGGUUACCCAAGUCACUUAGUAGUCUUACCAGUAACCCACUGCAUAGUGAUUUUGCCUGCUGAUGACACAGUUGACACUCUUCUGUCUCAAAUACAUAGCCAAAUAACAUUUUUGAUCACUGCUCAUUGCUAUAUGAACAGUUCACACUGAAUGAGCUAAAGUGGACAACACAUUAGCCUUGUUUGCACAUCAUAUUAUGUUAUAGUACAGAACAAACAUGGUUUUUUAUAUGAACCAGCCUCAUGCUUGUGUAUGCAAGUCUAGCUGUGGGAACAAACUCAAUAGUUUCUUUUCUGGACCUGGGCUCCAUUUGUGGACCCUUAGAAGGAUGCCUGUAGUCAGUUAAAUAACAGUAUCUCAACUUGAGUGCUCAUUAUCUACAAGAAGGUAUAGCCUACCUUACCUUUAGGCCAAAAGCUCAUUGGAGACCUGUUAGUUUGACUCAUUCUGAAACCUAGGAAAAGCCAUCUAGUUUCACUACAUUCCCAGAACAUUGAGUAAGUAUGGGGAGAAGUAGGCUCAUUGUUUCUGCACUAAAUGAUGAUGAUGAUGCAAAAAGCAAAGCAGAUAUACAACCAGAAAAUUCUGUUUACCUUACAUGUCUAUUUGUUCAAAGUCCUAGGCUGUUCAAAUACUCUGAGCUGGAAUUAGGUACUGCAUUGGUCUUCUCAUUGCUGUUAGUGUUAUAUUGAACCCCAAACCAUCAAGCAUACAUUCAUAGAAAUUGUCAUCAUUUUGGGCUGACACACAACCCUUGAAUCACAGUUGGUUGCAAAAUCAACUUGGUCUCAUUUGUUCAGUAUUGUUUGGCAAUAAUAAUGUCAUUUUAAUUUCCAUUUAACUACCACACCCAAGAGGUGGAAACUACUGCAGAUUUUCUCUUUCUGGGAGGACAAGUGAAGGAGGAGCUCUGUAAGAUAUGGAUUUCCCUAUGCAUAUGGGAAGAAGGAACCUUUAAUAACCUUAUACAUCUGUCACAGUUUUUUAGAUUACACAACUAAGCCAGUCAUCUUUGUAAAUGCCAGUUGUCUCAUUUUCCUAAUGCUAUUUUUAGAUGGCUUGAGGAAGUUAUGAAACCUGGCAUGCAAUCCAGGCAAUUGGUCCAAGGGUUCUUUGGUACUAGGAUGCACUAUUGAUGUUGUAUUUUGGGAGGGACUGUCAUUCAGCUACAUUUGAAUAAUCCACAUACCUUUCAGUAGUUUUCUCUUUUUACCUGUGGAGAAAAGACAAACAAGCUAAAACUUAGGAGAAUGGUAGAAUUGCAGUGAGUAUGAGUGGAGUGAAGGUUUAUCUUAUUUAUGGAAAGAGCAUAAGAACCCUGCCAGAUCAGGCCAAAGACCCUGUCUAGUCUAGUAUCAUGUUCUCACAAUGGCCAGUCAGAUGUCAAUGGGAAACCUGGAGGCAGAAGCUGAAUGCAACAGCUCUGUGCAAGAUCCCAGUAAUUAAAUGAAGCUUCUGCUAGUAGUACUACUAUUGAACUCUCUAGCAUUUUUCAGUGUGUUAGCAGGGAACCCUGUGCUAUACUAAAAUAGUAACAUUCAUGAAAAGCAUGAUGAGUAGAACAAAGCAAGCAGAAAUACAACAUGUACUUGCCUGAUUUUAAUAGAAAUUUGUUUAUUUAAAUAUGGCAAUGACCAUAACAAAUGGCUCAUCCAGAUGCUAAUGGUGUCCUCUGGAUUGUCAUUGCUGAUUUACAUGUCAGCUUCUGUUGUAUUAUGUUCCAAUACAAUAAGCUUUAUGACUGCUGACCUUUAUGGCAUGAGUUGAAAUGAUGGAGGGGUAAUUUUUAAUGUUAGACUAUAAUUGCAAUACCUUUUCUGUCUUAACUUUGCAGGCCCUACUGACUCACUUGAUAGCUUGGGGCUAGUGAAUUAUUCCCUGAAAAUGCAAAUAAGCACUUGUGACUUGACAUUUCAUUUAAAAAAAAAAUGCUCUGUGAAUUGUUCAACUGACUGGGGGGAAGGCAUAACUUACAGCCCUUGGACAGAGAUGGAGUUAGGGGAAAAAACCAAAUAGAUGGAGAAGAUUAGGCAGAGAGGCACAAGGCUGUACCUGUGCUAUUGUCCCCAGAAGAACCUUGGGACAUAUUCCUGUUAAACCAAGAAUACCAUAACUGUGCAUAGAAUUUGCACAGCUUAAGAUUCAGCUGCAGCAUCCUGUAAAGCAAUUUUUUUGUUUGAGCUAGGUGUCCGUAAGUGUCUUAGUAGAUUCUUGUGGUUGAAGGGAACAAGGCAGUUGUAGGAGUCUGGUUUAGGGGAGCAAAGCCUACCUGACCAGAUUAGAUUUGGGCAAAGGAUAACAGCCAGAACAGUUAUUACAUAGUUGAAUUAAUUUACUCUGUGCAUCACAUUUUUUCAAACUAAUAAUGAAAACUUAUCUUUCAAGGCACUGAGGUUGUACAAAAUGAGAGAUGCAGCAUGACAAACCUUAGAAUGAGUGGCUGGAAUUUUUCAAAUGUAUUAGAGAACUGUAUGGCUUCUCUGGGAAAACACUGUCAGCAGUGCCUUAGUUGCUUUAUAGAUUUGUAACCCAUUAAUAAUUCCAUAGUUUUAUUGCUUAAUAUAGAAUUAAAUGCUAGGAACAUGCUUAUUUGUGUUGUAUAGCACUUGAUGGUGAAGCAGCGAAGUACUCUAAAUCAUGGGUAGGCAAACUAAGUCCCGGGGGCUGGAUGUGGCCCAAUCGCCUUCUCAAUCCAGCCCGCAGAUGGUCCGGGAAUCAGCGUGUUUUUACAUGAAUAGAAUGCGUGCUUUUAUUUAAAAUGCAUCUCUGGGUUGUUUGUGGGGCAUAGGAAUUUGUUCAUUCCCCCCCCCCCCAAAAAAAUAUAGUCUGGCCCCCCACAAGGUCUGAGGGUCAGUGGACCGGCCCCCUGCUGAAAAGGUUUGUUCACCCCUGCUCUAAAUGUUGUGGUUAGCAGCAGAUAUUGUUGAUGAGUAAAAGAGCCUGCAAAGUUAAUAGCAUAAAUAGCACUCUUUUCUCUCCUCCCACCUCCCAGAUUAUCCUCUUGAUUUGAACCACAGUGAAACAUUUCUGCAAACAACAACUUUUCUUCCCGAAGACUUUACAUACUUUCCAAACCAUACCUGCCCUGAAAGACUCCCUUCUAUGAGUAAGUACCGAAGGACUUGCAGAACAAUUUGCCUUACUUUCUCAUCACUCCUUUCAUUUCGUAGCCCCUCAUUAUCUAUGGGCUUAAAAGCCAGUUGGAUGAGUAAGUAGGAGGUACUCUUUAUUUUCGUGGUGUAUUUGAAGUCUUCAUUGUUCUUCAAGAAUUCUCAAUUUUCUAGUAGUAAUGAGUGCUUCACUGGUUGAGCGAUUGAGAAGAUUGUAACACUAAUUCAGUCCAAAGAUGAGAUAGCAUGUUCCAUGUAUUGCUGGUCUUAAAAUACUCAGAUUCAAACAUGAACUCAGAUAAUUAUGUUGAAGGACAAGGCUAGAUACCACAUUGAACAUUUGCUGUGUGAGUCUCUUAAAAACUUUAAAUGCAAGCUAUUAUUAUUAUUAUUAUUAUUAUUAUUAAUAAUAAUAUUAUUACCCUACCUUUUUCCCUAAUGAGAUUCAAGGUGGCUUACAGAUAAAAACAAGUACAGCUAAAAACAUAGAAAAAUAUAUCAUUAAAAUACAAUUAAACAGAGAUAGAAUUUAAACUAUAUACAUAUAUAAAAUCUGUUUAAAACAUACCAACAAGCCAUGAGAGGGAUAAGGAUUGUAACCAUGAUAAGUGCAAUUUUUUUUACAGCCUCCCAUGUUGUUACCCUAAACCUGAUGAGACAGUCUAUCUGCUUAACACUUUACAGUUGAAUUCAAUGAAGCUUGAAUUCAAAGCAUGGGUAGGGAAACUAAGGCCCAGGGGGCUGGAUCCGCCCCAGUCGCCUUCUAAAUCUGCAGACAGUCUGGGAAUCAGAGUGUUUUUACAUGUGUAGAAUGUAUCCUUUUAUUUAAAAUGCAUCUCUGGGUUAUCUGUGGGGCCUGCUUGGUGUUUUUACAUGAGUAGAAUGUGUGCUUUUAUUUAAAAUGCUUCUCUGGGUUAUUUGUGGGGCAUAGAAAUUCGUUCAUCCCCCCCCCCAAAAAAAAUAGUCCGACCCCCGACAAGGUCUGAGGGACAGUGGACCGGACCCCUGCUGAAAAGGUUUGCUGACCCCUGAUUCAAAGUGUUGAACUUCAGCUGCAUCAUUCCUUUAAUAUGAGAAGUCAACGUUCUACAAAACAUAUUAAGCACACCUCAAAAUCAAUUAUAACCCCAUAUAUAUAUAGAAAUCAAUUGCUUUUGACAUACUGGGAGUUAUGAAAAUGUAAGAAUUGAAAUGUGCAGCAAUAUGAUGGGGUAAAGAAAUUCAAGAAUUGUAAAUGCAUAUUCUCAAUCAGAGCUGUACUUGUUUUUUCUCAUAACCUGCUUUUUAACUAUGUACGCAGAGGGCCCUAUUGAUGUAAAUAUGAGUGAAAUCAGUAUGGAAGAGAUCCACCAACUCUUCUCUCAAGAUCCUGCUAUCAAACUAGGAGGCCACUGGAAGCCUAAAGACUGUUUGCCUCGUUGGAAGGUAAUCUAAAGACAGGGAAAGCUGAAGCUUAUCUUUCCCAAACAAUAGUAUUAUUAUACCGUAAGGAAAAUAAUAGGCUUGCAUAGCUAACUUACAUCCAAUUCCUGCAGAAAAUGAAAAAUACUUUUCCCUUUGUUUUUUUAAAGAAACAAACUUCCAAAGUGCCCUGCAUAAAAUCCCUCAGAUGUAUCUGCCCCCAGUUUGGGAGGCUUAAUACACUCUGGAGGGACUGUUGAGCUUGUGCAUUUAAUCCACUUCUGUGAAAAGAAAAAAAGUUGUAGCCUUUUUGCAUUCCCCAUUAUAGUAACUGGGGAUGGGGAAAAGAGCCUCCUUUUUAACACAUCUAAUUUAGUCCUGAAGAAGAAAUCAGUUUAGAAAGGACUGCUUUCCACAGCUAUAGAUAUUCUGGUGGGUGCACACCCAUACAAACUUUCUCUUCCUCAGGCUAUAUCAAUUGCACAGUCUAGCCUGGUCUAUGUUGUUAAGUGUGUACCUGUGGCAACUGAAGCUUUCAGUGGUUGUGUAAAAGAAUUAAAUAGGUUCAGACCAUCCUGCUCCCUAACAUGGAGCUUUCUGGUCAUGUCUUUAAUAUUCUGAAAUCCCUGUUUGUAACUCUUGAGUACAGUCAUACCUCGGGUUGAAUGCUUCGGGUUGAGCGCGUUCGAGUUGCGCUCCGAAGCAACCCGAAGCAGAAGCUCAAAAUGAUGUCAUGCGCAGAAGCGGCAAAAAGUGAUGCUUGUGUGUGCAGACGUGCCAUCGCUAGUUACGUUUGCUUCUGGAUGCGAACGGGGCUCCGGAAUGGAUCCCAUUCGUAUCCAUUGUACAUAACAAAAGUUUGAAUUGCAGCAGGCUUUAAAACGCUAGAAGGAUUAUGAAAUCCAGGUUCAAAUUCUCAAGGGAUGAGGAUAGUUUAGCCAGUUGCCCAUUCUUGUAGAUUUUACUCUGGAAGAUUGUAUCCAUUUGAUUUACGUGUCCUUGGUGUUUUGUGCUGGUAGCCUGUGAACUGAUAAAGUUUUGGUUGCUUCCAAGAUCUAGAAAGAACUAAUGGUCAUUUUUUUUGUCUCUAGGUGGCAAUCCUUAUCCCAUUCCGCAACCGUUAUGAGCAUCUGCCAGUCCUCUUUAGACACCUUAUUCCAAUGCUGCAACACCAACGUUUACAGUUUGCAUUUUAUGUUAUUGAGCAAGUAAGUUAGUUUGUGUGUAUUGUUGCCCCCCCAUCUAAUUUCUCUUCAGAAGAACAUACAUUGAAAUAAGAUGACCUAGUAAUGGUCUUCUUUCCGAAAUACGCGUUGAGAGAAAGACAGUAAACUGUGCUUUCCAUAGGGCUCUUGCAUACUGUAUUAAAUCCCUAAAAUGUGCCCAGAAUGUGCCUGCAGUUAGUGAUGCCAAAAUACAUGCCAUGUUAGCUUUCCCCGUGUGGUAGUGAAUGUCCCCUUUCUGCGAUCAGCAGUUGGGACCCAAAUACUACUUCACUUUAUCCUGUAAUCAGUCCAGCAGGUUUUUAUGAAACCUCUCCAAACAUGCACCAUUAAACUUAAAUUAUUUUCUGGUGUCACACUUUGCUCUGAAAGCUGAUGUAAUCAUCCGGUAAGUUCUUUUUAGCGGAUAUUGCUGAUUUUGGCCUUGGUUUUGAAAUGAACUUUUCAUAUUAAAUUGCUGUGCAGCAGUGAAAUGCUCCUAUAACUAAACUCUCUGCAAGUAACUGAGAUACCAUAUUGUAACUAUUUUUUAUUUGCCAUGCUGCCCUUAAAGGUGCAUGUGAACUCCUCAGGGCUUGGCACUAGUAGUUCUUAGCCAAUGCGACUAAAAAAGACAAGUGUGAUAAAUUGUCCUAUGUUUAUGUAGCAAGCAGAAUUUAUUGGGGAGGCAAGAAAAGGAAGAAAAUUGUCGAAGUAAUUGUCAAGCUGAAGUAAAUUGCAGUUACUCUAGUUGUUCAUCCAAUCUGGGAGGUAAUUAACUGUUAGAAAGUCAGUAUAUAUAUCUGUAGUGUAUCUAUGAGACAUGUAGAGCUUCUAGCCCCCAGGCUGCGGAAAAUGACCAGGCCACAAAUCCAAACUGGCCAGUCUGUGUAGUAUUGGGCAAAUGGGAUCUAGAAGAAACCUAACCUGUUCAAGCAGUGUUGCAAGUUAAUUCCAAAAGCCCUUACAUCUUUUGUAUACCUUCUAAAUAUGUUUCUGCCUUGAUUUAGAUUGUAUUUUUCUUCAGGUCUUUCCUGAAAUUAGUUCUAAGCAGUUAUUCUAUGAAAAAGAGAGACAGUUACUUAUCCCUAGCUACUCAUUGUGUUUUUCUAACAAAAUUUUCUGUCAGCCUGAGCCACAUGGUUGGUUUAUUUAGCUCAACAUUGUCCUAGUGUGCAGCAGAUUUCCAGGAUCUCAGUCAGAAGUAUUUACCAACACCUAGUCCCUGAAUUUCUAUUGACUGGAGAUGAUUGGGAUUGAACCUGAAACCUUGUAAAGCAUGAACUCUGCCAAUUAGCUGUAGUCCUCACAUUGGCAAUUGAUGAGAUAUAGCUGAGUGGUACAACAUAGGAUUUGCAUCCCUAAAGUUCCUGGUAGGGAUGGACACAUCAGGUUUUUUUCCAGUCAAUGUCGAUUUCACACAUGUACAUGUGGAAGUCUGUUCAGUUUUUGCAUUAUCUGUGAUUUAAAAAAGAAAAGAAAAAUAUGUAUUUAAAAUUGUAUUAAAUACAUAAAUAUGUAUUCUUUUGCAAUAUAUUUAAAUAUAUUUAUCUCAAUAUACACAUUUCUAAUUUUAUCCCAAAACACCCACCUUUUUUUUUACAUGUUUCAUUUUUUUUGAACUGAAAACGGUUGCAAAAUUUUGAGAAGUGCAAAAUCUGCAUUCUGAUCCAUGCAUUAUACCAAGUGAUAUGAAUUAGGUUAGCACUUAAAUGUGAACCAGAAUUCUCCAUCUCUAGUGUUGUAAACAAAUGAAUGAACACUUGUAAUUAAUUGGUUGGGAUUCUCUCUCAGGCUGGUAACCAACCCUUUAACCGCGCCAUGCUCUUCAAUGUUGGCUUUCGGGAAGCAAUGAAGGACUUGGACUGGGAUUGUUUAAUCUUCCAUGAUGUGGACCAUAUACCUGAAAAUGACCGUAACUAUUAUGGAUGUGGGCAGAUGCCAAGACACUUUGCAGCAAAGCUGGAUAAAUAUAUGUAUCUGUAAGUAACUACAAUCAUGUGCUUUACUUUUCAAGUUAAAAUGGUUAAAGUAAGCAGAGGCAGACACUUCUGUGUCAGUUUGCAUCCUAGAAAAGUGCUAUUUAUGACAGGCAAUGAAAAGGAAGCCAAAUUUGUUCUUACCUGUAUUAAGUUCUGUUCAUAGUAACCUUGACUGAAACUUCUUUUUAUACAGCCUCCCUUACAAUGAGUUCUUUGGAGGAGUGAGUGGCUUAACAGUGGAACAGUUUAAAAAAAUCAAUGGCUUUCCAAAUGCCUUCUGGGGCUGGGGCGGAGAAGAUGAUGACCUUUGGAACAGGUAAAUUGCAUGCAAAAUAGGUGGGAUUGCAUUACAUGCAAGUUCUAAUUGUGUUAUGACUCCCCCAUAGGCUAUCCAAUUCCCACUGUGCCAGAUGAAUAACAAGAAUUAUGAUAUAAAAUAUUGUGGCAUGGGGGUUAGGGCUGGCUUAGCUUUGGAAUGAUUGAGGAUUGGUAACACUUCUUCUGGGACACACACCUAUCUUGGCAGUAUAAGCUACCCAUAGGGAUUGCCUAUUUCCCUUCUGUGUAAUUUGGCCAUGUGCCUGUGACUUCCAGUCUUUCAGAGUAACAUUUAGACAACUCCCACCCCCCUCUGCAUGACUUUUAAGGAAGAUCUUCCACGAUCUGUAACAUUUUUAUGUCCUGUGGGAUGGGUUUUCUUUACUUAGCAGUUCUGGAUGGGGUGGUGGGCUGCUCUGUCUCAGGGUCACAUGCUUUCUUCUCCCCCCCCCCAUUGCCCAUUGUAUUUCCUAACUAAAGUAUGAUGUUCAGUUAAGCGUUUGACCUACACAUGGUAUAAAUAUGAUCAUUUUGGUUACAUAAGAUUGUCAGGAGCACUAGCUUACAAACCAUAUUUUGGGGGUUAUUGCUCAGAUUGUGCAGUCCUGGCAAAUGUUGAAGUCAAAAAUGCUAAAAAGUUUUUCUCUUUCCUCUUUCCCCUCCAGAGUGCACUAUGCAGGCUACUUGGUGACUCGGCCAGAAGGAGAUACAGGGAAAUACAAGUCUAUUCCACAUCAUCACAGAGGAGAAGUGCAGUUCUUAGGAAGGCAAGUCAAAUUUUAUCAGAGAAAUACUCAUGAGAGUACAGAUUUCCUAGCACUUCAGGCAUGUGUCUGUUGCUAACCUGUCUGAUCUCAAACACUAAAACUCUGCCACCUUAAAAACUAAGGGUGGAGUCAAGUGACUUAAAAGCUUCUAGUGUGAUACUUUAAACCAUAUAUGGGGUGUUGUUGCUUACAUUCUUCAACAUCAUUCUCCAGCAUCAUAGUUAAGCUUGGUAUAAUCACACUUCUUCAGAAAUGUAUGUGGAUCUGACGCUUCGUUGUCUGGUGUUACAGAUUAUAUUGGCUUGCACCUCUGUGAUUCCUUAGCAUUUGAAUCCAUGCUUAGCCAUCCUGAGAGAUGCAGAUGAUUUUAGCAUAUAGCUGACGUGUUAUGUCUAUCACAGAAAUAUAUGUAGUGGCACUAGGAACUUCCAUUGUGCUGGAUCAAACCUACCAACCCAGACAUUCAUAUACAAUUACCUUGUGUCUCAAUUCCAGAAAUCACAUUGGUUGCCCAAUUAAUGUAAAUAGAAUAAAAAUACCUUGCUUAGCCCUUGCCCAAACCUGCCCAAUAUUUCAAUUGGAUUACCAAGUGUGAAGAUUCUGGAUUCUUGUGCAGAGCUCAACCAGCCCUGUAACAUCACCAGAAACGUCAGUAUGCCAGCUACAAUAAAAUUAAUUUCAGCUGUGCAUGUAUAAAAUGCAACUUCUGAUCAUGGACAAUCCACAUGAUUUUUUCCCCACGCCUCACUGAAAUAUAGCUAUGCCAUUAUUUUGCUAUACAUAUUCAUUGCAUGGGACUUGGGCAGAAGAAGCUGACACACUAAUUUAUAUUGACUAAUUUAUAUUGAAGGCUAAUAGCUCAAUGGAGCAUCUGAUUUGCAUGUAGACGUAUAAUUUUCAAUCCCCAGCAUCUCCAUGUAAGUCUGGGAGACACCCAUUGUCUGAAACCCUGGAGAGCUGCUGCCAGUUGGUAUAGACAGUAUUAAGCUAGAUGGAACAAUGGUCUGAUUCUGUACAAGGCAGCUUCAUGGGUACAAACCCAGCAGCCAUUGCAAUACUUGACAGAGGCUCAUAUGGUUUUCUCUGCCUUAGCAAGGUUUGGCACAAAUGAGGAUUUACUAAUGCUUUCACUUGGGAAAUAUGUUUCUCCUAUUUUAUUCUAAAACAUGCUUCUGCUACUUUAUUCUGAACCAUGACAUUCAGAAAUCUAAAAGCGAUCCAAGCACUAAAAUGUAAAUAACUUGAUGAGUUCAGUAUUCUCCACUUGAAUGAGGCUUUCCCCACCCCUUUCCACAAACAGGCAGCUAGAUAUUUUGUACAUUUGCUUUAAGAAAAAGAUGUUGAGGAUGACUUGGCAACUUUGUCGGUAGUGGCUAUUCUUGCAGGAUAAUGCCAAUUGCUAUUAAAUAACAGAAAUUGUGAUAAAGAAGUAAACAGGAAAUUUUUAAGUGUUAUACAGUUUGUGUGUGUAUAAUUUAUUUAUUUGAAUAAUAAAUGCCAGUUUUCUAACAAAAAUUACAAUAAAAACACAAAUAGCAUGUCAAUUCAAGGUAAAAACUUCAAGUUCCAAAAUAGGAAUGACAUCUGCCAGACCGCUGGCAAGGAGUUCCAAAGGGCAGAGCCUGCCACACUAAAGGCUCAGUCCCUGGUGAAGGCUGGCUGAACAUAAAGAUGAUGGGGGACAACCAAAUGUGUCCUAACAGAAGAUCUCUGUGAUAGAGAUGGAGUGUAAGGGAUCGGGAAGUCCUUAAGGUACAGGCAACUCCCCAUUGGUGUGCAAUUGACACAUGUACGACCACUGACACACCCAACAUUUUUGGCAGGGCAGGGGGCUUACAUCCUGCAGAAACGUGUGGUUCCUUGGAAUGCAACUCCUGAGUAAAUGGGCCGUUGCCUGUACUUGGGGCCUAAGGUUUUUUUGUUUUGUUUUUUUAAUGGCUAUGUGAAUUAACACAAGAAUCUUGGCCUGGUAGCAAAUAGGCAACUAGUACAGUUCUUUCAGCAAAUGAGUGGCAUGUUGUUGGUAACCUGCUCCUGUGUGUAGGCGUGUCCAUUGUAUUCUGCACUUCUUGCAGGUUCCAGACCAGAUAAAAGUGCAGCCCUUCAUAAAGCACACACACAUAUUGUAUGAGUAUUGCAGCAUGCUCUCUAAAUUAACUGCACACUCAAGCAUAGAAUGAGUCUGCAGUGCAUGUUCUGGGCUGUUUUCCAAUCUCUCCUUUGCCUUGAUGAGCCAUUUGAUGCAUUAUUUCACUUAACUUCCCAGAUUUCAUUCUGCUGCUGCAGUUGGCAGGCAGAGAUUGUGUGUCACAUUUAAAAACAGAGUAGCCAUGAAUUAAACCUGCCUGCAGGUAAUGUCCCUCAACUUAGCAGCCUUUCCUCUCUAACUCCAAAUAUGUGGGACAGAGCGUCACUGAAGUCCAGCUUGAUCAGUCCAGAAGCCCAUCUAGUUCAAGUUCCUGUUUCUCACCAUGAUGCCUAUGGGAAGCCCAUUGGAGAGUGGCCGCUCUGCACAUGACUUCAGAGCUAAGCCCUGGCCUUGAAAAUAGCCCCAGGCUAUAUUAAACUCUCAUGAGGAUUUGCCCCAAUUAACAAAUCUGCAAAGUGGUUCAAAGAGGUGUUUGGAGGAGCACAGCCAAAUCGUUCAGUCACAAGUCCUAGGUGGGGGUGGUCAACAUUCUUUCAUCUGAUUGCUUAACAACAACGAUGAAGUAUUUAUACUGUCUUUAGCAAUAGUGCUGCCUGCUGAGGUCAAAGCCUUAGAGAUGUAUCUCUGCACUGUUUUAUAACUUUCUUUAGGUAUGUCAGAUUGACUUACUUUUUCUAAAUGAAAGCUAAGAACAUAGGGCUCUGGGCCUGGUAUUUGUGGCAGCCCUGUACACAAUAUAGAAAAUUGGAAAGCAGUCUUGCAGUUGUGCAUAAUAAUUUUUUUUAGGAGGUGGGGCUUGAAAAUAAAUUAUGUUGCAUUUCCUGCCACAGUAUGUCUGAUGCAAAUCUAAUUGCAAAUUAAAAAUAUUUCUCAGUGUGCUUUUUGAAAUCCCAGCCUCCUACUUAUGAUCAUUACUUUCUGAAUGCUUGUAAUAUGUUUAGGGACAGAAGUCUAUCAUACUAAGCAUCCUGUUAGUAGAAAUACACUAAUUUCUCAUCUUCAAUUUUGAACAUUUACGUUAAUGUCUCCCAACUUUUUAUUCCAAUAGGUAUGCACUGCUGAGGAAGUCCAAAGAGAGGCAAGAAUUAGAUGGCCUCAAUAACUUGAACUACUUUCCAAAUGUUACAUAUGACGCCUUGUAUAAAAACAUAACUGUCAACCUGACGCCAGAGCUGGCUCUGGUGAAUGAAUACUGAGAAGAUGAAAAGAAGAAAACAUAUUAUUUUGUAGGUAUCUCUUGGACAAGAAAAAUCUUGUGUCUAAUGAAGGAUCACAGUAAUUUUGAAGAAUAAUACUCCACGCACACAGAUCGUCAGAUUAUAAACUCACUCAAGACUGUGCAGCGAGCUUGGACUUCACUUGCUUUUUGAUUUCUCUUUUUAAAGAACAGUGAUGUGACCUGCUGCUUUUGUUCCAGCAUUCCAUCUCCUUAAUCUUCAAUACCAAACUGUGACUGAAUGUGCUUUCCUGUUCAUCAAACCAGUUUGGCUAAAAAGGACGCCAUUGGCUUCUUGACUUUGGGUGCCAGAAGCUUAUCUGGAGGCAAUGACCCUAAUGGGAGAUGAACUGCUACUUAACAAUGAUAUCAUUCUUCUACAUUUGUGUUUCUAUUGGUUUUUUUUAACUGAACUGCUUGAAGACUAUAUACUGUAUAUAAAUAUAUAUACAUACACACACAACAGAAUCACUUCUUAAAGAAGUGCAGGUGUAAAUAAGCUUGUAGAAAUUGCAUUUUUUAUAACUAUUUUAUGAUCCCAAACUGAAGCUGAAGGUUUACAACAUAAGAUAAUUUAUGUAAGCCCCCACCUGUGCAAACACUUCAGAACAUCAGAUGACAUUCAUGUGAGUAAUUUUCUUCAGAGCUACUUACCUGUCUGUUUGCAGGUUUGGGACUCUGCUAGUAGGUUAUGAAGCUUAACAAAUGGAAGCCAUAGCAGUGCUUAUUUGGGGGGUGGAAUCUGACUUUGGAAAUAGGGAUUCCAUUCAUUAAUGAACAAAGACCAGUCUCGUGCAUUUUGUGGUUGGAUAGCCUUUCCAAAUUGUAUGCUGAUUGAUCACAUUCUGCCAUAUAUCUCAUAGUGGAAGCUAAACACAGGAAGAAAUGCUUCUAAAUCAGCUUUGCCUUUGCAAGGGACAGAUUCUCCAAAAAGUUGUAGGUCGUCACUCACCCCUCAUAUCCACACAUUUUUGGUUCAGACUAAGUUUGCAAAGUCUACAGUGAUUCCUGUAAUUGAACUUUGGGCGUGGGGAAGUUAUAGUAUUUUGAUAUAUUUAUUGUGUAAAUGAAACUGUACACUGAACUAAUCUAGGUUAAAAUUGUAGGUUAGAACUCUUGGUUAUUACAGUUAACUGAGAAGGUGUUGCACAAGUACAAAUACUGGGAUAAAUAUAUCCAGACUCCAAAUCAUAAUUAAAAGAAUGAAGGGCAUUGAGAUUAGUUCAGGGGGGCAGAAUGUGAGUCUCUGUGACACAAGUGCUUGGUCCAUAUCCUCCAUUCAGUUUCACAGAUCUGGUUUUUGUUUAAAUGGGCAUCCUAGAUUUGUGCCUUUUUUGUUUCAUUUUUCAAAAUCCACCUGUUCAUACUGUAUGUACAAACUUUUUUUUUUUUUUACUAGGGCUUAUAACCCUGGUAAAUGUCUUCUUGGAUUGCUCUAAUAUAUAUUUAUAGACGCAGAUUGUGAGUACUUAACCGGAGAAGUACUUUAAUUUCUUUUAUUGCAUUGUUGCCUUCAAUUUGUUUAACUUGGAUAGUUUACACUUAGUUUCUUUGGUUCGGUGGAUGUAUGAUCCCCCAUAUACAUUUGUUGUGGGUGUGACUGACCAAGCCUAUUUUCUUACGUCUCAAAAGAGUUAUGAAAGUGUGUGUGUGUGUGUGUGUGUGUGUGUGCUCGCACGUGUGUUUGUGUCUGUCUUAUCAGCCCAUAUGAAAGGCAGCAAGUCUGCUCUUGAGAAUGCUGGUAAGUGUGCUUUAAAAUAUUUCAUAAGGGGAACCCUUCAUGGCUGCUGCAGAGGUAAGGAUUUGCGUGUCUUUUUAUUUUUUUAUGGCACAUAGAGCAAUAAAGACUUCUAAAUUUUGACUUUUUUCAGAUGUGGAUAAGACACAUACCCUUUUCUUGCUUGUCUUUCUUUUUUUUUUAAUCUAGAAAACAACAUCUUUAUUUAAUGGUGCUUCAGUUGAGGAAUGUAUUUUCAAAAUGUCUGAAUUCACCAUCACAUCUACAUAUACCCGAAUAGAUAUUGGUCUGUGUGGCAUUUCAAAUCCUCAAGCUUUUGAGUAGAUUGCCAUCCCUCUAGAACCCCUGUUCUUGAACAAGAAAAGGAAUUACCUCUGCUCAGAAAGGCAUUAAAGAUUAGCAUGAAAGGGUCAGUUUUGCUCCUUAAUCAAUGGCUUUUGGUUUAUUUUGUUCUUUCCAAUCAAGUUGUUUUAUUUUCCUCUUUUAAAAUGUGGAAUAUCUUUGAAAUGUGCACUGUUAUUCUUAUCAGCUAAGUCAAAUACUAUAUAGUAAAUGUAAUUGUUGAAAACAUAAAUGUCAAGCGCAUGUGAUGUUAUAGUGUAAAAGAAAAUCAUUUUAAAAACUGUACAUACUUUGGCAGCUGAAAUUUCAACAAGGCCAGUGCUCCCCAUCUCCAUCAGCACGGUUGGCUAACACUGCUGGGGGCAGAACACUAUGAUAAAAAUGCGUGUUAUUUUAUUUUUUUGUAUGAGCCAUGUGGGUCUUUAUUUGCUAAAACAUUUGUUUUAAAGCCACUACAUUUUGUAAAAACAAAAAAAACAGCUCCUCUUCUUGAAAGAGUUUACCAGCUGAGCAACCACCAUGCAUUUCCAAACACCUGCUCGGAAAAGGUAGCAUUGAACAACAUGUAGCUUCCUUCCAUCCUAUUGUUUGAGCUUGCUCUUAUGUUUUCUAUGAGGUGCCAGGGGUACAUUUUUGCACUGAAAUCUAUAGUGUUUUAAAACACACACAAUUUUCAGCAAAGCAAUCCUUUGUGUCAUUACAUUUAUUUACCCAUGUGUUUGUACAUUUUUGUAUGUUAAUUUAUGAAUGAUUUUUUCAGUAAAAAGAAUACAUAUUCAAGAACC